AGGAUGUUAUGAUGCCCGUAUUAUUCGUUUUAAAUUGAUGCCAAGAGGAAUGGACUUAAGUCCACACAGUCAAUGGAACAAAAUCUGAGCCUUGUUGAGAAAAUAAUCCUGGGUGAGUCAGUAGCCCCCAUUGUCAUCUGGCAAAAACACCUGAGCUACUGUUGACAAUAGGAGAAAAGCAACAGGAGAAGAAAGUAUAAGGUACCAAAGAGCACAUCACUGACCUAAGAAGAAGACACAGAUCUUCUUCACCUGAAUAAAAACUGUUUUGUGUAAAUCAGAAACUCCCCAACCUGUCACCCUGGAGUCGUGGAAGAGGUGGAAUGAAGGCAGAAUGGUGUGGUGUGAGAAAGGGGUUCAGAUUCUUAUGACCACAGUAGGAGCUUUUGCUGCAUUUGGGCUUAUGACAAUCGCCAUAGGAACCGAUUACUGGCUGUAUGCCAGGGCCUUCAUUUGUAACACUACUAAUAUAUCGAGUGAGGAAGCAACACUGAAAGAUAAAAAAGAUCCAGGAGGGCUGACCCAUUCUGGCCUCUGGAGAAUUUGUUGCUUGGAAGGUAACUAUGCUGCUUCUGAUAUUGUAGAUAUUUUGAAGGGGACUGUUUAUUCACUAAAAGUGGUUGACAAGGACUAUUUUUUUAGACCACCUCACAACAACAUUCUAUCAGGAAUAUUCACUAAAUAGAGAUAAUUAAAGGUAAAAUCAAAGUGAAUUUCAAAUUCAAAGUGGUUCUGUCACAGUCGGGGGACUUGGCAAAUUCACAAAGUCCCCUUGAGGUGACAUCACUGCUGGUGGUCGCAGGGGCAGGAGAGGGUGAGAUUACUUACCUGAACCUGUCCCUCGCGGGUGCCAUCUUGGUAGCACUGCCCCUCUUCAGCUCCUGGUACUUCUGAUGUUACUGAUGUACUUUCACACAUGCACAAGAGUAAAGCAUUGAGGCCUAUGGGGACUGUAGGAGUCUCCAUAGACCCAGACAAUAACCUGCAGCCGUCACGGUUUGAGGCUGCAGGUCUUAAGACAUUGGCUCCACCUUGGGUCAAGAAAUGUUAGGUGGAGGAGAAAUGCAGAGACAAAGUAGUUCCUACUUUGUCUUUGUAUUUCUCUUGACUGGGUUGAAAUUUCUGUGAAAUUCCAACACAGUCACAAUGAGUAUUUCAUAAAGAUGCCACCUUUAUGAAAUAUUAAUUUUUAAUAUGGGGUGACAGUGCCACUUUACGUCAACUAUGCUUUCACUUCAGCUUCUAUCUCCUUAAACUUGAAAUUCACUUUGCAUUUUCACUUUAGUAAACAAUCCUGUAUGAAGUGAUUCAAUCCACAAAAAUUGUUGUUGCUGAGAAUUCAUAUUCCCAAAGAAGGACACUUGGAUCAAUGGAAAUGUCAUAUAUUAUUAUAACAAACUAACACAAACACAAAUAAUUUUUUAGUUAUGUUUUAAUUGUUGUUUUUUUAUUUAUAUUACUGUAGAUUAUGCAGUUACCAUAGCCCUCCACUUCAUAAAAAUAGUUGUGCAAAAAAGUUGUUUAGCUAUUAAGAUAUUGUGUGUACUGCAUUUCAACACUCAUUAUGUAGUACUCAGUAACGUACAGGCAUUUUGGGUAUACAUUAGAACCCAAAAUGGCAACCCAAGUGCUUUAAGCUCUACAGCUUAAUGUACUGGUAAUGGUAUAAAUAGUUUGUAGCUUCUGUCUCACUGGCUUGUGUCAAACAAUUCCCAAGUGGUCUGACAAAUACUGGGACUCUCUCUCUUUGUACCUACUGUCCGGCACCUCUGUUUGGCCAAUAUGAAAGUUAAACAGAGUAUGGUGCUGUGGGAGCCUCAGUAUUUCUUAAAAUGGUCAAAUUUAGUUUGUCACACACUGGAUUUUACGUACUAUGUAACAUCCAGUGUGUGAUAAACUACAUUUGAGCACUGGAAGGAGGACUCCAAUAUAUUCUUAAAUAAAUAUUAAACACAGAAAAUAUAUCACUAUCUAAGAACUGUUUGAAUAUGAUUGCAUUAACAUAUGAAUAUGCCAUUUUUUAAAAAGAUAAAAAAUAAGUGGCAGUCUUAUCAGUAUAGGAGAAGUUAUGGUGUAUUUAGUGAUUUAAGAGUUUACUAAUCUAUUUUAACACUGCUACUAGACUUGCGCAGAGUGAAAAAAAAAAAAUAAAAAAAUAAAAAAAAAUAUAUAUAUAUAUAGUUUUGUUCAGGAUGGCAGAAUUCAUCUUGGUAUUGAAAUUCAGCUUGGCUGAAUUUCAGUACUGAGUACCAACUGCAUUUGGCUUUAGUAAAUAUGAGAAUUGCCAUUGCGGUCAGAAUUUAGUUUUUUUUACUGAAUUUUGUCCAUCCAGACAAAAUCCUGUGUUUAGUGAUCAUUAACCUGGCAGAGUAGAUCAGGUAAGUAUAAGUACAAUAAGCCUGAUAGUCUCACAAUAGACUCAUGCUAGGAUUUUUUUUUAAAUUGAACACCAUACUCCCCAAAAAAGCAGUUGACAAACAAAAAAAAAGGAGGGGGGGCAAUCAAGCAUACUUGACUAGGCAGACCUAUUGUCCAUCAUGGCAAACUAAGAAAACUUAUAUGCCCCCCACAACAAAAAAAUUAAAUAGCCUUUUCUCUAUUCCAUCAACCUUUUUUUUCUGGUAUCAGGAAUGGUACUCCAAUGUAAGAACUGAAUUGAGCAUUAUCGGGCUAGAGCAUGUUUCCCUGAGAUUCCCGGAAUGUGGUAUCUCGGAAAUUGGAAUUUUGUACAGUUUCCUGAUCAGCUUAGGUUAGCUAAAUUGCAGCUAUUCCUACAAUAAAUCUCCAAGUUUAUUACUAAAGAUAGAAAGUUCACUAAAGAUAGAAACUAUCAUAAGAGGUGUCCAAUCAGUUACCGAUGUAAGUAAAAGAUUAGUGAAGUAUUACCCAUCUAAAAUUCACUUGCGUGUGUCAUAAAAAUCUGGAGUCAUCUUCACAGUGAAAAUAAUUCAAAAUUUAAGACUUUGAGGAAUGUCUUAAUCAUUUUGUAUCAUCUAAAAUUAGAGUUGCAGGUAUAGUCUCAUUAAAGAGGACCUCCAGUCACCCAUUAAUGUUAGGGGCAGUUUGUAUGUCAGACACAGACACCUUUUGCUGCUCCUGACCUUCAAUAUUUUUUUUUUAGCUCCUACGAUACAGCUAUACAUGAUACCUUUGAGGUACCGGUCAGUGGUUAGCUACAGCAAAAAGCUUAUCUGGAGUACAACUGUCAGAAACCUCUGCUGUGCACAUAAGGACCUAGUGAUUUAUCAGAAACACCCAACCCUACCAUACAAAGUUAAAAUGGUAUCAUGAUUUCUUGUCUGCAUUACUUCUUAUUCUGGGCAUAGUUUACCAGAGGAACUUAAGUUUGUGGAUUUACAACAAAUAGGGCCCACACGCUGCGGGGGCACAUCAGGUGGCCCAUGCACUUAUGGGCAUGUGUCUUCAAGGGUCCAGUUGGGCACUGCGUCCCUUUAACAGCAAGACCUGGCCCCAUUAAUAAUGGCAGCCAGUGCAGGGAGGAAGCCGGAGGAACAGGCAUAUAUUGGUCUGGGAGAGGCUCUACCUCCCAACAGCCUUAGCCAGCAGACUGGACCCCAUGAAAGCCACCCUCCUGUAGGAAAGGCCUUGAACAGACUUGCUAAUGAUACAUCUAUCACUCUACACCCAGCAUGUAAUUUUAAAGGCAGAGAAAUAGUGCAUCAAGACUAUACAGGUGGUCCUAGUUUUACGACCUACCUCCUUUACGACGCCUCGCACUUACGAUCAGUUCUCUCACAGGGUGGUAAGGGCAAACCAUCAUCUGAAUUAGAGGGAUUCCCUGCUCUGCUGCUUCUUCUAUGUUCGGGGAUGUUGCCCCAAACAUAGACGAACGGAACAGAACAGAAAAUCCCUAUCAUCUAUAUUCUGGGAAAUUUAUCCGAGCAUAAAUUAGAGGGAUUCCCUGCUCUUAUGCGUUUGUCUAUGUUCAGGUAAAUGUCCCUGAACACAGACAUGCGCACCAGAGUGGUGAAUCCCUUAAUCUAUGUUUUAGGAAAUUUCCCCGAACAUAGGUUAGAGGGAUUCCCUGCUCUGUUGCGUUAAUCUAUGUUCAGGGACAUUUCCCCGAACAUAGAAGAAUGCAGCAGAGCAGGGAAUCCCUUAACUCCUCACUUACCGACUAAUUCGUUCUAUGACCGGGUCAUAGGAACGGAACCCGGUCGGUAAGUGAGGCGUGUCUGUACUAACUAACCUGCAGAAAUCUUAUGCUAAUUGAAUGAGAGUAAUCUCUAUGACAUGACACCGAAAGGAGUCUCAAAGGAGAGAUUGUACAUACUGAUUGAUUAUCAUUGUAUCUAGAUUUUGGUGCAGCAUGAAUCUACAAAAAAAAAAACUAUUUUGGUAGUCCUGAUAUCCAAGAAUUCAGUAAUAUACACUCUCCUUAAAAUGUAUUUGGAUGCAGUACAGCCACCAGGACAUUCUUUAGUCUCCUAUGAAGGGAGCCUUCUUGAACCUAUUGGGGUUUUGCUUGACAUAUUAAAAAAAAAAAAAAAAAUAGUACAAACACGUACCACCUGUGUUAAGAUUCCAGGGAUGUCAUUCAAAAUGGGACAGGAGGUCACACAUUUAGACUGGAAAAAAUAAGAAGGAAAGUUGUUUUUUUUUGUUUUUUUUAUUGUAAAAAAUGUGGAAAUUUCAGCAACUGGAUGAAUACUUGCAAAAACAAAACAUUCAGGCAUAUAAUUUUUAAUAUGUGGUAACAACUUCUCGAUUCAAGGAGAGGUCUGACAGCCAGCCAUUCUGGGGUCAAGAAUGAUUUUUUUCCUAAUUUGUUGCAAAAAAUUUUUUUUGCCUUCUUUUUAAUCAACAGCAAAACAGAUGUGAGAAAGGCUAAUCUUGUUGGAUGCAGUAACAGAAACUUUGAGUCACAGUAAUGGCAAUUUGUUCACCCAUCUCAUUAAAAAAAUGCCCACUGACUUUUUCCUUUCAUUUUUUUUAAGUAGCAUUACUAGCAGCUUAAGCCAUGGGAGUUUGUGAGAGAGUGUGCAAGAAGCAGAAUUUAUCAUAAUUAAGAUGUUUUAAUGAGUGAUCAUUUAUGGAAGAAAGUAAAAGUAAAGUGAGUAAAGUACAACUCAGAAGACACAAUUGUACAUGUAAAGAAACACACUGCAGCCCAAACAGGUACGCCAAAAUGACAAUAUUAGAUUAACAAAAUGUUACACAAUCUUCAAAGAGCCUGUGAUAACAUUAAAUCACUAUGAAAUUUAUGAUGGGAUGAACAUGGAGUUGCAUUACCAUUAGUUUCACCUCUUCUGAGAAAAUGUCACACCGUCUUGUGGAAGAAAUUGGCACAUCUGUGCCCUUUCUAUAGUGUCCACCGUGAAGAUUACAUCCUAUUUCAUUUGUUCAAACACCAUUUCUACAUAAUACUCAAUUUAAGCCAUGCGCUGUAACUUUUAGAUAUAUAGUUUAAAAAUUAAAUUUAAGUAAUAAAGUUUCACUGUAGUGGUUUCACACACCAAGAUCUCCCGCAAUAAAAGGAGACUGGCAGCACGGAACACACCGGUGGAGCGGUAACUGGAAAAGGAUACAUUGUAUACAACAAAGUAUCAUAUUGGAAGUGAAUACUGAAACGGAACACCCAAGUACCCAGUUUCAUAUUAGACAACCCAGGACUCUACUGUUGAUUGGACUUUGUAAUAUAUGUGUGCAAUAAUUUCUCUAUGUGAAAUUAAGUGUUACCGCUGAAUACUAAUGCAGGGGAUUAUUCACUAAGCGCUGCUAUUUGAUUUUAUGUAUUUGAAUUGUUGAGAAUUAGGGAAUAUUCUUGUUUUGUGGAGCUGCCAUACCAUUGAAUAUCUAAGCAUUGUUACUAUUUUAAGAGUUUAAAAUAUGUGACAAAACCCAUAUCACUGUUACUAGUGCACUGUUUAGUCAAUAAGACACUAUCAGAUUAUUAACCUACAUUCAACUUCUAAUACGUAUUGUGCAAUUCUCCAAAAAUCACAUCAAAGAUGGAAUUUUUUUGUACCAGAUUCAGUGGAGCGCUUAAAUAUGAGAAUACAACUUAAUAGUAUACAGUAGCUAAGUCUAGUAAAGAACAAACACCUUAUUCACAGUGGCUGCCCUUCAAAAAUGCUGGUGCAACUGGCCCUAAUCAGAUAAAAAAAAAAAUGUAAACUAUCGUUGGCACUGAAAAACAAGGCCUGAUUUCAGUGGAGAGUUACUGUUUAAAGAGGCAGACAUAAUUUUGAAAGGACAGAGAUGUAUACUGACUUAAAGAGCCUAAUUAUAAGAAAAUAUUCUCUUUCUAGAGCAGUUACUAUGCUGUCAUGGACCCCAUGUGAAGCAAAAAAAAUCUAUGUACAGUAUCUCACAAAAGUGAGUACACUCCUCACAUUUUUGUAAAUAUUUUAUUAUUUCUUUUCAUGUGACAACACUGAAAAAAUGACACUCUGCUACAAUGCAAAGUAGUAAGUGUACAGCCUGUAUAACAGUGUAAAUUUGCUGUCCCCUCAGAGUAACUUAACACACAGCCAUUAAUGUCUAAACCGUUGGCAAGAAAAGUGAGUACACCUCUAAGUGGAAAUGUCCAAAUUGGGCCCAAAGUGUCACUAUUUUGUGUGUGCCAACAUUAUUUUCCUGCAUUGCCUUAACCCUCAUGGGCAUGGAGUUCACCAGAGCUUCACAUGUUGCCACUGGAGUCCUCUUCCACUCCCCCAUGAUGACAUCACAGAGCUGGUGGAUGUUAGAGACCUUGCGCUCCCCCACCUUCCGUUUGAGGAUGCCCCAAAGAUGCUCAAUAGGGUUUAGGUUUAGAGACAUGCUUGGCCAGUCCAUCACCUUUACCUUCAGCUACUUCAGCAAGGCAUUGGUCAUCUUGGAGGUGUGUUUGGGGUUAUUAUCAUGUUGGAAUACUGCCCUGCGGCCCAGUCUCCAAACAGAGGGGAUUAUGCUUUGCUUCAGUAUGUCACAGUACAUGUUGGCAUUCAUGGUUCCCUCAAUGAACUGUAGCUCCCUAGUGCUGGCAGCAUUCAUGCAGGCCCAGACCAUUACACUCCCACCACCAUGCUUGGCUGUAGGCAAGACACACUUGUCUUUGUACUCCUCACUUGGUUGCCACCACACAUGCUUGACACUAUCUAAACCAAAUACGUUUAUCUUGGUCUCAUCGGACCACAGGACAUGGUUCCAGUAAUCCAUGUCCUUAGUCUGCUUGUCUUCAACAAACUGCAGACUUUCUUGUGCAUAAUCUUUAGAAGAAACUUCCUUCUGGGACGACAGUCAUGCAGACCAAUUUGAUGCAGUAUGCGGCGUAUGGUUUGAGUACUGACAGGCUGAUCCCCUACCCCUUCAACCUCUGCAGCAAUGCUAGCAGCACUCAUAUGUCUAUUUCCCAAAGAAAACCUCUGAAUAUGACGCUAAGCACGUGCACUCAACUUCUUUGGUUGACCAUAGUGAGGCCUGUUCUGAGUGGGACCUGUCCUAUGAAACCGCUGUAUUGUCUUGCCCCUUUUUUGUGCUGCAGUUCAGUUUCAGGGUCUUGGCAAUCUUCUUAUAGCCUAGGCCAUCUUUAUGUAGAGCAACAAUUAUUUUUUUCAUAUCCUCAGAGAGUUCUUUGCCAUGAGGUGCCAUGGUUAACUUCCAGUGACCAGUAUGACAGCGUGUGAGAGCGAUAACACCAGAUUUAACACACCUGCUUCCCAUUUACACCUGAGACCUUGUAACACUAACGAGUCACAUGACACCAGGGAGGGAAAAAGGCUAAUUGGGCCCAGUUUGGACAUUUCCACUUAGGGGUGUACUCACUUUUGUUACCAACGGUUUAGACAUUAAUGACUGUGUAUUGAGUUAUUUUGAGGGGACAGCAAAUUUACACGGUUAUACUUUACAUUGUAGCAGAGUGUAAUUUCUUCAGUGUUGUCACAUGAAAAAAUAUAAAAUAUUCACAAAAAUGUGAGGGGUGUACUCACUUUUGUGAGAUACUGUAUGUCCUAGACCAGGGGUUCUCAACGUUAGUCCUCAGGACCCCAUACCAGUCCAGGGUUUAGGGAUUACCUGGGUGUGUCUAAGGUGUUUAGAAAAAGAAAAGAAAAAACACCUUAGAGUCUAAGGUGUUUUUUCCCCUUUUUCUAAACACCUGAGACACACCCAGGUAAUCCCCAAAUCCUGGACUGGUAGGGGGUCCUGAGGACUGGGUUGAGAACCCCUGUCCUAGACUAAUGUUCAAGAGUUCUAAGUAUAGGUAAGUGUUAAAAGCUUGGAAGCUAAGCUUGCCCCAAAAUUCCUAUGUCUAAUAUCUCACAUAAUAUGAGCAUAGAAACAUAGAAUGUGACGGCAGAUAAGAACCAUUCGGCCCAUCUAGUCUGCACAAUUUUCUAAAUACUCUCAUUAGUCCCUGACCUUAUCUUAUAUUUAGGAUAGCUCUAUCCCACGCAUGUUUAAACUCUUUUACUGUGUUAGCCUUCCAGCUGAAGUGGUAGAAGUUAUUCCAUUCAUCCACUAACAUCUCAGUAAAGUAAUACUUCAUGAUAUUUUUAAAUCUUUGCCCCUCUAAUUUAAGACUAUGUCCUCUUGUUGUGGUAGUUUUUCUUAUUUUAAAUUUAGUCUCCUCCUUUACUGUGUUAAUUCCCUUUUUGUAUUUAAAUGUUUCUAUCAUAUCCAGGGCCAGCGCUCCCCUCCUGCCGGUCUCUCAAUGUAGCGUGGCCGGGCCGGGCGGAACGCGGGACAGGAACUUUUCUUUCCUGUACCCUGCCACCGGCGGACUGAAGGUAAGUGCUCACUCAGUACAGGAAACAGAGGUUCCUGUCCCGCGUUCCGUGCCGCCCGGCCACGAUACAUUGGCAGGAGGAACAAAAGAGGAGGGUAAGGACCACUGGGGGAGAUGGGGGGUGGAAUAAGGACCACUGGGGGAGGGAUAAGGAUCACUGGGGGGGAAUAAGGACCACUGUGGGAGAGGGGGGAGUAAGGACCACAGGGGGAGGAGUAAGGACCACUUGGGAAGGGGGUAAGGACCACUGGGGGAGGAGGGGGGAGGUCCUUUAAGGGGUUUGACAGAGGGAGGACCACUAAGGGGUAGAAGAGGGGAAGGACCACCAAAGGAGGGGAAGGACCACUAAGGAGAAGGGAGAAGGGUAAGGACCACUAAGAGGGUAAGGACCACUGAGGGGGGGAAGAGGCUAAGGGCCACUAAGGAGGGAGGAGCACUAUGAUUUAAAAUAAAAAUAAAAAAAAUAAAGGGCUGCUCCCCUCUCAGUCCCUAUCCUACUCCACAAACCCUCUCUUUUACACUACACACAUACACAAUGCAUCCCCCCCACACACACACAGAAACAUACAAUGCAUCCCUACUCACACACAGACACACUUGAAACACACAAUGCAUUCCUUAUGCUCACACAAACACUCAUUCUCUUACACACAGAAACAAAAUGCAUCUCUUACACACUCAAUGCACCCCUUACAGACACACACUGCAUUCAAUUACAUACACAAUUACAUACACAGAAACACACCUUGCAUCCCUUACACACACACACACACCCUAUACACUACAUUCUAUAAGAACACACACACAUUACAUCCUCUACAAUAACACAUCCACUACACACAUACACUCCACUCCCUGUGAGAGAACUCAUUGGUGGGCCAUGUAGGCAUAUUCACGGUUAAGCUCAGGGGGCCCAGACCUUUAGCUGUGUAAGGGGCCCCAUAAAAUGGAGCUGCUUCCUGUUCGUUAAUUGUUGUGAGCACUGGUACAAACAGUCUCCAGAGAGCCUCAUCUACACCAGACCUGUAGAGCCAGACUGAGCCCAUCAUCAGCCUCUUGUCCUCAUCUGGUGGUAAGUAGGCAAACAAAUAUAUUAUUAGUGACACUAAUCUCUAAUUUACCUCACAUUAAAUGGAUACUCUAGUCACCAGAAGCACUACAGCUUAAUGUAGUGGUUCUGGUGUCUAUAGCCUGUGCCUGUUAGGCUUUUUAAUGUAAACACACAGAUAAAAGACACUUUGUGCAGACUGGCAUUGUCCCAUAUGGCAGAGCAUAUGGGCGGGGCAUUAUGAUGUCACAUGGUGGGCAGGACAUAUGGGGGGGCGGCAAAUUUAUUUUUGCCUAGGGCGGCAAAAAUCCUUGCAGCGGCCCUGAUCAUAUCCCUCCUGUCGCGUAUUUCCUCCAAGCUAUACAUGUUAAGUUCCUUUAACCUUUCCUUGUAAGUUUUAUCCUGCAAGCCAUGAAUCAGUUUAGUAGCCCUUCUCUGAAGUCCAAUCCUCUAAGUAAGGUCUCACCAGUGUUCUGUAUAAUGGCAUGAGCACUUCCCUCUUUCUACUGCGAAUACCUUUCCCUAUUCAACCAAGCAUUCUGCUAGCAUUUCCUGCUGCUCUAUUACAUUGUCUGCCUACCUUUUUAAGUCAUCAGAAAUAAUCACCCCUAAAUCACUUUCCUCAGAUGUUGAGGUUAGGACAUCUGAGAUGCAUUAUCCUGCACGUAUCCACAUUAAAUGUCAGUUGCCACAACUCUGACCAUUUUUCUAGUUUACCUAAAGCAGAUUGUUAAAACAAUGUAGGUGCUCGUAAAGAUUAGCGUGGAUCCGACACACAUUUUGCCUUUGAGACCCUUGUUAGAUUUUCGGUACUGGAAAAGGCAGGUAAAUUUAACGGAAAUGGGCAUUUCUUGCCUGCCCUCUAGAUAACAUUCGGUUAGGCAACAAAACUGUUAGGGAGUAUGUCCAGACAUAGCCAUGCUCCUUAGCAAACACACUAUAGAAAUUAAUAUGGUUUAAGAUUUUUGAAAAUCUUGCUCUCAAUGUUAAAGGAAAACUAUAGGCACACAGACCACUUCAGCUUAAUGAAGUGGUCUGGGUGCCAGGUCCAUCUAGGUGUAACCGUUUUUGCUGUAAACAUAGCAGUUUCAGAGAAACUGCUAUGUUAACUUUAGGGUUAAUCCAGCCUCUAGUGGCUGUCUUAUUGACAGCCGCUAGAGGCGCUUCCGCGCUUCUCACUCUGAUUUUCACAGUGAGAAGACGCCAGCGUCCAUAGGAAAGCAUUGAGAAUGCUUUCCUGUGGACUGGCUGAAUGCGCACGCGGCUCUUACCGCGCAUGCACCUUCAGCCGAUGAUGGCGAAAAGGAGGAGGAGAGUUCCCUGAGCCGAGGGAGCCUGGCGGGGGAAAAUAGGUAAGAUUUAACCCCUUCCGCCCCCUACAGCCCGGCGGGAGGGGGUCCCAGAGGGUCGGGGGGACCUAGACCAGUGUCAGGGUAAGCUGAGCCCAAGGCUCAUUGAUGCACAUUAUGAGCAAAGGCUAGCCUGUCUGGUCUGAUCACACAGAAGAGCUACUGUAGCUCAGAUUGCUGAAAAACGUAAUGCUGGCCAUGACAGAAAGGUGUUGGGACACAAAGUGCAUUACAAAUAUAAAAUCCUGAUAUCCACAUAAUGGAGAAAAAGAAGAGGGAAUAAGACAGAUUGUGUAAUCAAUCAAUAAGUGAAUUAAUAACCUAGCUCUAAAACUUGAAAAAUUAGGUAUUCCCCAAAUCCUAUAAAACAUAAGAGCAAUACACCAUAAAAUAUGGUGUGGGUAUCCAGUAGCUGUAAAUUGGAAGUGAAAUACACGUAAUAAAGUUAGAUGUAAAAUAGAAUACAGAUAAUUAGCAAUGGAAUAUACAAAUGUGGUAUUCCAAAUAAUAUGCAGAAUAGUAUUCAGGUUACUAGUUGAUAAAAUGGAGAAUAGCAUGCACAAGUAUAUCACAAAGUGCAUUACAGUUUGCUUUGUAUGGGGCUGCAUAUCUGCAGACUGCUAAAGUGCCUGUGAUGGCCCCUGUCCUUUAAUGGGGAAAAGAGCAUCAAAACUGGACAAUGGCGCAAUGAAAGAAGGUUGCCUGGUCUGAUUAAUCACUUUUUUGUUUAGAUCAGGUGGAUGUUAGGGUGCUUGUGUGUCGUUUACCUGGGGAAGAGAUGGCAGCAGGAUGCACUAUGGGAAGAAGGUAGGCCGGCAGAAGCAGUAUUAUUGCUCUGGGCAAUGUUCUGCUGAGAACCCUCUGAUCUUGGCAUUCAUGUGGAUAUUACUUUGACACGUACGACUUUCCUAGACAAACCAUGUACACCCUUUCAUGGCAAUUGUGUUCCCUGAUCGCAAUGGCCUCUCUCAACAGGAUCCGUCAACACUACAAAAAAUGUUCAGGAAUGGUUUGAGGAACAUAAUAAGGAGUUCAAGGUGUUGCCUUGGCUUCCAAAUUCUACAAAUCCCAAUCCAAUUGAGCAUUAGAGAUGUCGCGAACCGUUCGCGAACUUCCCGCGAACGGCUCGCCACGGUUCGCCACGAACCGUUCGUGGCGAGCUCCGGUCAGCUGACACAUCCCGGCCAAUCUCCAGCAGACCCUCCCUCCCAGACCCACCCACCUCCUGGACAGCAUCCAUGUUGCAGCUGCCUUCAACAUGGAUGCUGUCCAGGAAGUAGGAGGGUCUGGGAGGGAGGGUCUGCCGGAGAUUUGCCGGGAUGUGUCAGCUGAUGUGUCAGCUGACCGGAGCUCGCCACGAACCGUGGCGAGCCGUUCGAGGGAAGUUCGCGAACGGUUCGCGACAUCACUAUUGAGCAUCUGUGAGAUGUACUAGAACAACAAAUCUGAUCAAAAUGAAUCUGUAAAGAAAAACUGUACCUGGAGUUAUAGUCUUAUUUUAUCUUUACGAGUGCCACUUUCACUCAUACAACUCCAUGGCAGUUUAUAUCAAAAUAUAAAUUUACAGAAAUACACGUUUGUAUUGGUGAUGGUCAAUAUGUUUAUAGUUAUUACUUCUAAAUGUUUGCAUCUAAUCGUUAUUGUGAUUAGGGUAUCCAGAUUCAUUCAUUUUAUAGUCGGCAACCAUGGUGGGUAAUUCUAGCAGUUUUCCAGUUGGCUAAAUACAUCAUUAAUCAAAUCACCUGCUUUAACAAAAAUAAAAUUUUCCUUGCAGUAGUGCAUGACAGAACAGACAGCUUACAUAAAUGUAAUGCACAUGUGCCAUCAUCUCCCAGUGUGCUUUAUUAUUAAAUAUUAAAUUAAAGGACCACUAUAGUGCCAGGAAAACAUACUCGGUUUCCUGGCACUAUAGUGCCCUGAGGGUGCCCCCACCCUCAGGGACCCCCUCCUGCCCGGCUCUGGAAAGGGGAAAAGGGGUUAAACUUACCUUUUUCCAGUGCUGGGCGGAGAGCUCUCCUUCUCCGAUCCUCCUCCUCUCCUCCCCGUUGGCUGAAUGCGCACGCGCAGCAAGAGCUGCGCGCGCAUUCAGCCGGUCACAUAGGAAAGCAUUCAUAAUGCUUUCCUAUGGACGCUGGCGUGCUCUCACUGUGAAAAUCACAGUGAGAAGCACGCAAGCGCCUCUAGCGGCUGUCAAUGAGACAGCCACUAGAGGAAAUAGGGGAAGGCUUAACCCAUUCGCAAACAUAGCAGUUUCUCUGAAACUGCUAUGUUUAUGAAAAAAUGGGUUAACCCUAGCUGGACCUGGCACCCAGACCACUUCAUUAAGCUGAAGUGGUCUGGGUGCCUAGAGUGGUCCUUUAAAGUAUUACCAAGGCAGCGAUACCAUAAAUACCAUAGUGAUUGAUACUCCCAAUAGUAAACAAAUGCUACAGCUGGUAAUUGCCACUGAGCUUUCUUACAUAGUUACAUAGCUGAAAAGUCCAUCAAGUUCAGCCUUCCUCACAUAUGUUUUUGCUGUUGAUCCAAAAGAAGGCAAAAAACAGGGUCUAAAGCGCUCCCAAUUUUGCAACAAACUAGAAAAAAAUUAAUUCUUGACCCCAAAAGAGCAGUCAGAUAUCUCCUUGGAUCAAGCAGCUAUUUCCCCACCAAUUAGAAAUUAUAUCCCUGUAUGUUAUGUUUUUGCAACUAUUUAAUCAAUUGCAGUUUAACCCCUUAAGACCGGAGGGCGUACAAUUACGCCCUAUUUUAGGCGGCUCUAAACGCCGCCGUGCGUAAUUGUACACCCUCAGGUCUUUUCUUACUUACAUGCUCGCCUGUGGUCCCACGCCGGCGAUCGCGGUGGUGGGGACUCCCAGGGAGCCCCCCGCGGUAGAUCCUCUUCCUCCGGUGCCCCCCGGCCAUGUGAAAGUGUGGUCCCCCUGCUGGCUGGAAAUGAAAUUAAAAUAAAUGAAUUAAAAAGUAAAGUGUAAAAAAAAAAAAAUAUAUAUAUACAUAGAUCAUAUAUUAUAUAUAUACAUAUAUAUAUAUACAUAUAUAUAUAUAUACACAUAUAUAUAUAUAUAUAUAUAUAUAUAUAUAUAUAUACACACACACACACACACACACAUAUACAUACACACACAUACACUGUCUAGGUGUAUUUUACUAUUAAUAUAUAUAUAUAUAUAAAUAUAUAUAUAUAUAUAUAUAUAUAUAUAUAAAUAUCAAAUUACACGUAGACUGUUACUGAUUAAAUAUAUAUAUAUAUAAUUAUUGUUAUACAUAUAUUUAUAUAUAAUAUAAAAAAAUUAAAUAUGUAAAUACGUUAAAAAAUACAAUUAAAAAAAUAAUUUAAAAAAAUAAUUAAAAAAAUAUAUAGAUGUGUGUUAUUUCGUUCUAACUGUAUUGUGAUAUUAAUAUAUAUAUUUAUAUCAAAAUACAUGUAGAACGAAAUAAUAUAUAUAUCUACAUACAUAAAUAUAUACGUAUAUAUCACUAUAUAUAUACCUAUAUAUAAAUAAAAUAUUUUAAAAAAAUUUACAUAUCUAUAUAUACACAUAUAGAUUCACAUGCAUUAUAUAUAUACACAUAUACAUACAUACAUAUAUAUAUAUAUAUAUAUAUACACACACACACACACACACACACACACAUAUAUUGAAUUCUACAUAUAUUUAUGUAAUAUUUUUUUACAUAAUUAGGUAUCUUAAUUAAUUACAAUUAGCGGGAUACCUGACAACCCAUGCGAAGUAAGUAAAAUUUAAUUUGCUAGCACUAUAUUUAACCCUAUAACUUUCCGAGACACCAUAAAACCUGUACAUGGGGGGUACUGUUCUACUCGGGAGACUUCGCUGAACACAAAUAUUAGUGUUUCAAAACAGUAAAAUUUAUUACAACGAUGAUAUCGCCAGUAAAAGUGACGUUUUAUGCAUUUUUCAUGAACAAACAGCACUUACACGGACGAUAUUAUUGCUGUGAUACUUUUUACUGUUUUGAAACACAAAUAUUUGUGUUCAGCGAAGUCUCCCGAGUACAACAGUACCCCUCAUGUACAGGCUUUAUGGUGUUUUCAAAAGUUACAGCAUCAAAUAUAAGGCUUGCGUUUCAUUUUUUUCACAUUAAAAUUCGCCAGAUUGGUUACGGUGCCUUUGAGAUCCUAUGGUAGCCCAAGAAUGAAAAUUACCCCUAUGAUGGCAUACCAUUUGCAAUAGUAGACAACCCAAGGUAUUGCAAACGGGGUAUGUCCAGUCUUUUUUAGCAGCCACUUAGUCACAAACACUGGCCAAAAUUGGCGUUUUUUGCAUUUUUCACACACAAACAAAUACUAACGCUAACUUUGGCCAGUGUUUGUGACCAAAUGGCUACUAAAAAGACUGGACAUACCCCAUUUGCAAUACCUUGGGUUGUCUACUAUUGCAAAUGGUAUGCCAUUAUGGGUGUAAAUUUCAUUCCUGGGCUAUUAUAAAGUCCCAAAGGCAACGUAACCAAUCUGGCGAAUUUCAAUUUCAAAUGUAACGUGCUAUAUUUGACCCUGUAACUUCCCAAAAUGCCAUAAAACCUGUACAUAGGGGGUACUGUCUUACACGUGAGACUUUACUAAAUACAAAUAUGUGUAUUUUAUUGCAGUAAAAUCAAACAGUAUUAUGACACUGACCUUUAACCCCUUAAGGACGGAGCCAAAUGUACACGUUGUGAACAAAACAAAAUGUAAACAAAACCUGGCAUUUCCGCUACAUGUCUGUCCAACCGUAAUACACCUCUUUCAUAGUAAAUGCACCCACCCUUAUUAUAUAUCAUUUUAUUCAGGGGAAACAGGGCUUUCAUUUAAUAUCAAAUAUUUAGCUAUGAAACAUAAUUUAAUAUGAAAAAAAUGGGAGAAAAUACGAUUUUUUGGAUUUUUUUAGUUCUACAUGACAUUUUAACGGUCAGUGUCAUAAUACUGUUUGCUUUUACUGCAAUAAAAUACACAUAUUUGUAUUCAGUAAAGUCUCACGUAUAAGACAGUACCCCCUAUGUACAGGUUUUAUGGCGUUUUGGGAAGUUACAGGGUCAAAUAUAGCACGUUACAUUUGAAAUUGAAAUUCGCCAGAUUGGUUACGUUGCCUUUGGGACUUUAUAGUAGCCAGGAAUGAAAUUUACACCUAUAAUGGCAUACCAUUUGCAAUAGUAGACAACCCAAGGUAUUGCAAAUGGGGUAUGUCCAGUCUUUUUUAGUAGCCAUUUGGUCACAAACACUGGCCAAAGUUAGCGUUAGUAUUUGUUUGUGUGUGAAAAAUGCAAAAACGCCAAUUUUGGCCAGUGUUUGUGACUAAGUGGCUACUAAAAAAGACUGGACAUACCCUGUUUGCAAUACCUUGGGUUGUCUACUACUGCAAAUGGUAUGCCAUCAUAGGGUAAUUUUCAUUCUUGGGCUACCAUAGGGUCUCAAAGGCAACGUAACCAAUCUGGCUAAUUUUAAUGUGAAAAAAAUGAAACACAAGCCUUAUAUUUGACGCUGUUACUUUUUAAAACACCAUAAAACCUGUACAUGAGGGGUACUGUUGUACUCGGGAGACUUCGCUGAACACAAAUAUUUGUGUUUCAAAACAGUAAAAAGUAUCAUAGCAAUAAUAUUGUCCGUGUAAUGCUGUUUGUGCGUGAAAAAUGCAAAAAACUUCACUUUUACUGGCGAUAUCAUCGUUGUAAUACAUUUUACUGUUUUGAAACACUAUUUGUGUUCAGCGAAGUCUCCCGAGUAGAACAGUACCCCCCAUGUACAGGUUUUAUGGUGUCUCGGAAAGUUAUAGGGUUAAAUAUAGUGCUAGCAAAUUAAAUUCCCUUUACUUUCGGCAUGGGCUGUCAUGCAGGUCCUGCUAAUUGUAAUUAAUUAAGAUACCUAAUUAUGUAAAAAUAUUACAUAAAUAUAUAUGUAGAAUCAAUAUAUGUAUAUAUAUAUACGUAUGUGUAUAUAUAUGUAUAUAUCUAUAUAAUUUUUUUUAAAUAUUUUUAUUUAUAUAUAGGUAUAUAUAUAGUGAUAUAUACGUAUAUACUUAUGUGUAUAAAUAUAUAUAUUAUUUCGUUCUAUGUGUAUUUUGAUAUAUAUAUAUAUAUAUUAAUUUCACAAUACAGUUAGAACGAAAUAACACACAUCUAUAUAUUUUUUAAUUAUUUAUUUUUAAUUAUUUUUGUAAUUUUAUUUUUAACGUAUUUACAUUUUAAUUUUUUUUAUAAUAUAUAUAAAUAUAUAUAUAACAAUAAUUAUAUAUAUAUUUAAUCAGUAUCAGUGUACGUGUAAUUUGAUAUUAAUAUAUAUAUAUAUAUAAUUAUAUAUAUAUUAAUAGUAAAAUACACCUAGACGCUGUACAUGUGUGUAUGUAUAUGUGUAUAUAUAUACUUUGAUCAUAUAUAUAUAAUAUAUAUAUAUAUGAUCUAAGUAUAUAUAAUUUUAUUUUUUUACACUUUUAACUUAUUUUACUUUUAUUUUCAGCCAGCAGGGGGACCCCCUGUAAUUACAGGCAGCCCCCCUGCUGGCAAUACAGAAGCCAGCUAUACUCGGCCAUGUGAUUGUGGGGUCCUCGCUAGGACCCCACUCUCACACGGCCGGGGGGCUUCCUGGAGGACGGUCGUGCCGCGGGGGGCUCCCUGGGAGUCCCCCCCACCGCGAUCGCCGGCGUGGGACCGCCGGCGACCGGGUAAGUACAGAAAGACCGGAGGGCGUACUAUUACGCCCGGCGGCGUUUAGAGCCGCCUAUUAGAGGACGUAAUAGUACGCCCUCCGGUCUUAAGGGGUUAAAAUGCAAUUUAGAACUAAAAAAAUAAAAAAAAAUCGUAUUUUCUCCCAUUUUUUUCAUAUUAAAUUAUGUUUCAUAGCUAAAUAUUUGAUAUUAAAUGAAAGCCCUGUUUCCCCUGAAUAAAAUGAUAUAUAAUAAGGGUGGGUGCAUUUACUAUGAAAGAGGUGUAUUACGGUUGACAGACAUGUAGCGCAAAUGCCAGGUUUUGUUUACAUUUUGUUUUGUUCACAAUGUGUACAUUUGGCUCCGUCCUUAAGGGGUUAAGGGGUUAAACAUCUGUAUGGACUCUGAUAAAACCACCUCUUAAGGGAGAAAAUUACAUAUCCUUACUGCUCUUACUGUAAAAAAAAACUUUUCUUUGCCUUAGAUGAAAUCUCCUUUCUUCCAGCCUCAACACGUGACCUUGUGUCCUAUGUAUAGCCCUGUUUAUAAACAGACUCUCAGAAAAUGGUUUGUACUGGCCCCAAUUAUAUUUGUGUAAUUUUAUCAUAACCCCUCUGAGGCGCCAUUUUUCCAAACUAAAGAUUUUACAUUUUUUAACCUUUCUUCAUAACUAAAAUGCUUCAUUCCUUUUAUCCAUUUUGUAGCUGGUCGCUGCACUUAUUCUAGUGCCAUGAUAUCCUUCUUUAGAACAGGUGCCCAAAAUUGCACAGCAUAUUCAAGGUGUGGUCUUACCAGCAAUUUAUAAAGAGGCAAAAUUAUAUUUUCAUCCCGAGAAUUUAUGCCCCUAUAUAUACACAUGAGAAAACCUUACUGGCCUUAGCAACUGCAGAUUGACAUUACAUAUUGCUGUCUAAUUUGAUGUCUAUAACAAUUCCCAAAUCCUUCUCGUGUGUGUUUAUCCCUAAUUCAUUACUAUUUAGGGCGUAAGUUGCUUGUGCAUUCUUGACCCCAAAGUGCAUAACGUUGUAUUUCUCUACAUUAAAUUCCAUCUGCCAUUUUAGUGCCCAGUCCCCUAAUUUAUCUAAAUCCCUCUGCAGCAAAGCAAUAUCUUGUUUACAUUUUAUUACUUUAUAAAAUUUUGUGUCAUCUGCAAACACAAAAACAUAGCUUUCAAUUACUAUUUUAAGAUCAUUUAUAAAUAUGUUAAAUAGAAGCGGUCCCAAAACAGAGCCCUGAGGGACACCACUUACCACUUUUGUCCAGCCUGAAAAUUUACCAUUAAUGACAAUCUGAUAUCUACAUAGACAGACUGUUGAUAUCUGUCUCUAUGUGGUUCCCAUACAUUGCACAUCUGACUGCUAUUGACAUACCAUAUGCAGCAGGUGCUAUUUUUGAUAUAGCAGUUAAUUUUAUUGUCACAUAACGUACAGAAAAGUAAAAAGUAUCAGCGCUAAUAUACCUUACUUAAAGAUAUUAUAAUAAAAAAAUGAAAUUAGGCGACAGACCUCAAAACAUAUGGCUCCCUCUAAGCCUUAAACACAGAGAUAGGUCAAACAGGGGGGGUCGAGGUAGAGAAUAUAAAGACAGAUUUGUAAAAACAUAUAUAUAAAAAAUUACAUAAAAAAAAAUAAAAAAAUAAAAUAAAAAGAAUGUCCAAAUAUAAGUCCCAAUGUAAAAACUUGCCAGAAGAUAAAACCUCAAAUGAUCAGGGUAGUUCUUUUAGAAUGGGGUCAGAGGAGAGUGUUCUUAGCAUCCAUAUAUGAAACAGAAAUAGAGAACUAAUGGUGAAGAAAAUCCUAGGAUAAUUUAAAAAUAAAUAAAAAAGUGUCUAUGGUCCUACUCACAAUUGAUAGAGCUUAACCUAGCUCUAGUCCGAAUGGUGUACAGUGGUACAAUCCGCACUUAUAGAAUACAUGAGGAGGUGUAAGUAGGCACAUGUGUAAUCGGUAUGAAGAUCAUAAAAAAUAUAAUAGAGACAACAAUAGUGUUCAGUGUAAAAGGUACCAGGAGUAUAGAGUAAUGAAUGGGUACUCACAUUCAAUUGAGCAGGCUAACUGCUCAAUGUAUAGGCAUAAGUCAGACUGAAUACUUCCCAUCAUUUCUACCCAAAGUUCCAGCACCAAUUUAUUGGGGCUCGGAUCACGACAUCUCGGCUUACGCUUGCAGCAAAAAACUGAACAAGUCUUUCCAACAUCGGGUGGGUGUGGACCGGUGUUCUUCUCUACCCGGCUGCUGGGGCGGCGAACAGGGUAAGUGAUACUAGGAUUUCCCCAGAGCUUUUUCAGGCUUGGAGUUUUGUCCCAGCACACCCUUAGCAGAGCCACGUUAGCCGGAGGGGUUUAAGAGCUCCAUGUCCCACCUACCCAGUAGAUUUAACAUGCAUGUACCUUCAGCUUUCUACUGGCAGAAUCUCUUCCCGUCUUUUUAACAUCAAUAUAUAUUUUUCACCUAACAUUGGACUUACUGUUUAUUUUUUGUCACUUAUCUGAUAAUUCUCCAGUGAAGGGGCCCCUCACUGGAGACACUUCAAUAUUGUCUUCAGAAUUUUAAUCUCACAUACAUACAUACACACAUAUAUAUAUAUAUAUAUAUAUAUAUAUAUAUAUAUAUAUAUAUAUUAUGUUUUAUCUCAUAUCUUUUAUUGAAUAAAUAUUAUUGAUGUAAUUGGUUAAGAUCUUUGGUUAAGAUCUUUUAUCCUUAGGGGUUGCUGAAUCAGUUAGUGUCACCUUUUAUUUUAUAUGCUUCUACACUUUAGUUUGUUGGUAUUCAGAGGUUAUACUAUGUACUCUGUUUUAUUACAUUUCUGACAUAUCAGCUGUGUUAUAGUUUUUACCAUCAGACAUUAACUGAUGCUACGGAUCGAUAACUUUCAGAUGAUUCACUGUUUAGAUCUUUUGUAUUUUUUUUACUGCUGAAAUAUAUAUAUAUAUAUAUAUAUAUAUUUUACGUUUCUUUGGAGCGCUCACUCACACAUAUGUUGAUUUAUCUCAAUAACUAGUAUCGCUCGUUUCUGUGUUGUGAAGCAGCCCACUCAUUGUUUAUAAGAAUUGAUUAUUGAUUUUACAUUAAUUUUGUUACCUUUUAGUUACCUAUUUGUUUACUUUUUAUCUAUCGACAUUAUUUUAAACAACAACUAUUUUUGGUUUUUAUAUUCAAAACCAAGGAACAGCAAUGGGGACCAGGAUUGCCCCUAGCGAUGCUAACCUCUUCAUGGCCAAUUGGGAAUCCAUAGCCAUCUGGGGCCAGGAUGUUUGGAGGACAAACCUGGUCUCCUAUUUUAGAUAUAUAGAUUAUUUGGGGGGUUUUUUUAUCUGGAAGGGUCCAGAAGAUUCUCUUAAACUAUUUUAAAAUCAUUUAAAUAACAUCAGCAAUAAUCAAAAAGUUGAGGAUUCCUCUAUUUAUGUUUUUUCUUAGGUGUGAGGAAAUGGAUCAUUACAUGGUUAAAAUUUUAAAAUUGUCACAACUUGUUUUUAUCUAAAGAAGUGGCAAAUUUGGUGCAGUUUCAGCAAACCACAGAUCAAAGUGUGAAUAAUAUAUAAUAAUACAUCUAGGCAAGAAGAGACCAGAGUGCAACUUUUGCUUAAUAGACGUGUGCAUUCACUUUCUCCCAAAUUGCAAUUGAUCUGAAUUUAUUGCGAUCGGCUAAUGAACCAAAUUCUAUAACUCAGAAACGUCAUAUGGGUGUAUAAGCAACAUAUAACACGUGCAAAGAAUGAGUAUGUUUGUUUGAUUCAGAUUUUCAGUUGUGGUGCCAAAAAAAAAUGAAAUGAUUGUUGGGAAAGAAAAAUGAUUGAUGGUUUUGGAACAGCCACUAAUUGUUGAUUUUAGUUACAGAUCAAGUAAGUAAUAAAGGUAAAUAGGAUAACAAAGAAGGAGUAGUAAAAAGAUAUAUCUUUAUAGAUUAUAUAUUUGAUGAAUAUGUAUAUAUUGAUUUUUUUUUCCUGUUCCUUCCCUCUCUUGAUCUGUGAACUAAAUGGCAUGAAAAGGUUCCUAUUAGUGUACUUUAACAUAUAUUAUACAAUAUAUUUUGCAGUGCACUAACUGGACAAUUUUGGUUGAUACAAAUAGUUUCUUCCUUGCAUGAUAUUAUGAUGAGCAGAACCGUCACAUGGAAAACGAUCAUACUACCAAAACUACAUUUUAUUUUUGUAUAAAGUGAUUCAUGCACAAGAGCAUUGCUUAUUCGUAUUUUAAUUAACAAACUCCUGUAAGAAAAAGACAAUCGUCCUGUUAUGGAUAAUAAAAAAAAAAAAAUAAAAAAAUAAAAAUAGAUAAACUCCAUAAAACCAAGACACAGUCUAGAAAUUCUAGACCUAUAAUGUCCUUCUCUAAUAUAAAGUAAAUACCAAAUGGACGGUGAUAUCAAACAGAACCUUGACAAAGGAUAACUUCCAGAUAUCAGACUGGAAGAAUCCAUGAAAUUUUAGACAUAGUGUUGGAUGAAAACAGUCAUCCCCUGACAGGAAAGGUAGAAACCAAUAACACAAGGUAGAUAUUACUAGGCAAGUUCAUGAAGAAUCGCAUCAUUUAGAUUAGAAAAAAAAUAAAAAUCAGUAUGGACCAUAGAAAUUGUGGAAACUACUAAAUUAUAAGUAAUCAAUGCAGGCCAACAACGUCAACCUAAAUGCAAAGUUAAAAAUAUUGUAAAUUGUACUAAUUAUUUCAAACAGUAGAAUAAAAUUGAUUAGAGACUGUUGUGAAAUGUCAGUAGGAGAUAGGCAGAACACCGAUUAAAAGGUGGUAACCAGAGGUACAGGAUCCAUUGUGGCAACAGCCACAUAAUAAGCAGGAUAGUAGAAGAUAUUCAGCUAUCCUUAUGAGAACAAGCAACCAAAUACUUACACUGACUUUAUCUGCAGAUAGUGAUGAAGUACUUAUGGUAGAGCCUAUGGUAAUAAGACCAUUCUGCAGUUUGUUUUAUCUGCAAAGAUAUUAACACCAGUCCAAGCAUAAUUACAACAAUGCAUGGUUAGGAAUGACCAUCACAUAUAUGGAUCUAGGUACAGAGACCAUGUGAAAUAUAUCAUCCAAAUGUUUGUCACAAACAAGCUACGAUAUUAUAUUAUACAGGAUGACUCAACAGCUUAAAGCCAUAUAUUAUAGUACAGAAUAAUAAUAUACACGCUGUGAAAGACAAAUAAGUAGCUCUAAAACACCUAAAAGAGUGGUAUCCCUUACACCGCUAAAAACAUAAUAUAAUACAUACAGAGUUAUAGGUGGAGCUGUGGAGUACCUUGAACAAUAAGGAUGGAGUCAUACCGUCAUAUGACUCUUAAAGUAUGUUCUCUUGGACCAUUAGGGGGUUGUCCAAACCCUUCUUUUGUUGAUUGCUUGUUAUUUCUCCUGAUGGUCUUCAAUAAAGAUACUCAGUAUGCCAGGGAUCUUGGAAAAUAAUUCUUGUUUAUUUGUAGAUAAAUAAUAAAAUGGCAAUAUACUAAACCAAUAUAUAUUGGGUGUAGAUAUAGUCCAAUAAAAAGUCUAUCAAAGUUGAAAAUGAGUGUCCAAAACGCGUUUCGCCUGAUUAACAGGCUUCCUCAGUUGGCUCUAAUGUUUCUUCCAAAGUUUUCUUUGUUUGAAAAUGCCGCCGGCCGGCUGUGUCUUCUUUUAUAUGGCACUUCCUGAUUCCGUCUGGUGGAACGCAACGUGCGCUCCACCUACGGCACCAACUUCCGGGACGCACCGCAAGUGGAACGCACGUGCGCCCCAACCCCGUGCGCACACCGGAACUUCAGCACCAACUUCCGGGUGGAGCGCCCGUGCGCUCCAACCCGGCGCCAACCUCCGCAAUGCACCACAAGUGGAACGCACGUGCGUUCCAACUUCAAGCAGCAAAUUCACUUCCGGGUCUCUCUCUACUUCCGGGUCACACUCAGGUGGAACGCACGUGCGCUCCACUCCCAGCCUCACAUCAGGUGGCCAAAUGCAAACAUAAAAAAUGGCGUUCUGCCUAUAUUUACACCAAUAGAGUGUGACAUAUAGAAUUAUAAGUGCUAUGUUUUAAAUAAAAAUAAUAUAAAAAGUCAGAUAAUAUGGAAAAGAGUAAAAAUCAAAUUUAAUGAGAAGGAAUAAAAACUAAUUCUAUUAGUUUUAGAAGAUUGCUAUCACAAUCUUAAAGGGGCAGAAUGUCAUUUCUAGAAAAUUUAUAAAAAUGCACAGUAAAAACUGAAUAAAAUACAUAUAAUACCCAAUAGUAAAAAAAACACAAAAAUAGUAUAUAAGUGUAUAAAAAGAUGCCUAAAAACUUCCAUAAAAUAAUAUGAAACCAAGAUAGGCUAAAACUAAUGCAUAAAGUGGCAUAAUUCAAAAUCAUUGUUCAGACCGUUUGGAAUCAUAGUGUCAAAAUUGAAUAUGAACUUCAUCUCUUCCUUUCCUAAUUUGUUUACAUAAUCACCACCUCUCCAAUCUUUUUUUACUAAUUUUAAAGCACAAAAAAACAUUCCUUCUGGAUUUUGUUGGUGAACAUGUUUAAAAUGAUUUGAAACACUAUGGGUUUCGACUCCAUUUUUGAUGUUUCUUAUAUGUUCCGCUAUUCUUAAAUUCAAUUUACGAAUUGUACGGCCUACAUAUAGAAGAUUGCAGGGACAUUUUAAAAUAUAGAUCACUCCCUUCGAAUGGCAUGUUAGAUGAUCUCUAAUGGUAAAUUUCUUGUUAAUAAUGGAUUCUAGGUCUGUUAGGUGUCUUUUUUUAUUCUUUGUAUUUUUACAUGCUAGACACUGUCCGCAUCCAUAAAAUCCUUUACCUAUUGUAAGGAAGGUUUGUCCUACUGUUUGUUCUUUAUUACUACUUUUAACUAAAGUGUUUCUCAAGUUUUUUACACCUCUAAAGAUGACUUUUGGUUUUUCUGGUAAUAUAUUUUUAAGAAUAGGGUCAUCUUUUAGUAUAUGCCAAUGUUUUCCUAUAAUUUUAUGCAUUUUCCUACUGUUGCCAUGGUAGUUGCAUAUGAAGGGGAUGUCUUGUUUCUUAAUUAAAUCUUUCUUUUUCUGUUUAUAUUUUAGAAGGUCUGUUCUUUGUAUUUCUUGAACCUCAUUUAUGGCUAAUUGGAGGGAAACAUCGUCAUAACCUUUUUCCAGAAAUUGUACUUUAAUCUUAUUUGCUUGCUCUAAAAAGUCUUGUUCAUUCGUACAAUUCCUUCUUAUACGUAGGAAUUGUCCUUUCGGAGCGUUACUUAACCAAGGAAGGUAGUGACAACUCUCUCUUCUGAUGUAGCUGUUGGCAUCUACAUCUUUAAAAUGAUUCUUGGUAGUAAUAGUGCCAUGUGUAAUAAAUAUCUCCAAAUCUAAAAAAUUAAUUUGUUGGGUGCUAGUUUGUGCUGUUAAAAUAAUAUUCCACUGAUUGUUAUUCAAAUGACUGAUAAAAGAUAGUAGAUCUGUGUGGGAUGCUGUCCAAACAAAAAAUAUAUCAUCUAUAUACCGGCGGUAGGAUACCAAGCUCGCCCCCCAUGGGUGCCCUUGAUAAAUAAACUGUUCUUCCCAGUAUGCCAUGAAGAGGUUGGCAUAGCUAGGGGCGAACUUGGUACCCAUCGCCGUACCUCUGAUCUGUAAAUAGAACGUCUCAUUGAACCAGAAAAAGUUAUUGGUUAAAACUAGAUUGAUCCCUUCUAAAAUGAAUAAAAUUUGUUCAUUCUUAAAACUGUGUUUCUUUAAAAAAUAUUCUACUGCUUCUAGACCCUUCUCGUGUGGUAUGAUACUAUAUAGGGAUGUCACAUCACAUGUGACUAACAGGUUACCUUCUUGCCAUAAAGUGGUUUCUAAGAUUUGUAGAAUAUGAAUCGUGUCCUUCAAAUAAGCUGGAUUUUGAACAACUAAUGGUUGUAGGAGAUGGUCUAGAUAUUCCGAGAUUUUUGCUGAAACGGAGUUGACUCCCGAUAUUAUAGGUCGUCCUGGGGGGUUGGCUUUGUUUUUAUGUAUUUUAGGGAGAUGGUAAUAUACGGGCAUUAUUGGGUGGGGAGUGGUAAGGUAUUUAGCUUCCUGCGAAGUCAGAAUGCCAUUCUCUAGUCCUUUAGAUAUAUAAUUGUCAAACUUCGUCUUCACCAUUUCAGUUGGAUUUUUGUCUAGUAUUAUAUAUGUAUCUCGAUCUGCAAGUAUUCGCUCAGCUUCUAAAAGAUAUUUGUUUUUUGGAAUGACCACCACCCCCCCACCUUUAUCAGCUGGUUUAAUUACUAUCUCUUUGUUUUGUUGUAAGUCUUUCAUUGCUCCCCUUUCCUUUCUAGACAUAUUUUGAUGGUAUUUGUUUAACGGCUUUAUUUGUUUCACUUCUUUCAUUACCAUUAGUUCAAAAGCUUUUAUUUCAUCUGAUAUUAAGUGUUUCGGAAAAAAGUUGGAUUUAGCUUUUAAGUCCGUAUGUAUAUAUUCUGACAAAGUGUUUUCACUGGGUCUGUCCUCUUUAUUAAAAAAGAAUUUCUUUAAGCAUAAUUGUCUAAUAAAUUUAUUAAUAUCAAUAUAAAAAUCAAAUUUAUUAAUGUCGACUGUGGGGGCGAAUUUUAAACCUUUUUGGAGUAUCUCCAUUUGUUCUUUGGGUAAUUGUGUAUCAGUUAAAUUAAAAAUUCCUUCUGUUGUUAUUUUCUCCCCCUCUUUUCUCUGUGUGUGUUUUCCUCUCUUUCUAUGUCUCUUUCUUGAGUUGAUGACCUCUGACGUUUGCCUGGGGACUCCCAAAUUUUGAUAUGUCGGGAUUGUUUUAGUCUCUCUGAGAUUGGGUCCUUCCAUAAAAAAGAAGGUGAAUGUUCUGUUCUAAAUAUGUCUGGUUUAUUACCUAUAUCUACCCUAGAGGUGUGUGGUUGUCUCUCUGUUCUAUUUGACACAUAUGUUGUGGGUACUGAUUUUCGGUCAUUUCUUUCAGGAAUAUUUGACUGUACAGCUUGACUGUAGCUGCUGUAUUUAGGUCGUCUUACUGGGGAUGGGUGGUAUGGCUUAGUAUUACCCCUUGGGUGUUUAUUAAAGUUAUCGUAUCUCUGAUAUUCCUUUCUUGAGAUAUCGUGAUACUUAUUAUAUCUUGGAUAAUGUUUAGACGGUGUAUUGUGAUAUUCUAUUGUAUUUUUGUGUCGCCUUAUAUCUUGCUCUGGUCUGUGUUGUGGACUAUUUUGCCUUCUAGAAUGGUGUUUUUUGUCCGUGCGUUCCACCUGAGUGUGACCCGGAAGUAGAGAGAGACCCGGAAGUGAAUUUGCUGCUUGAAGUUGGAACGCACGUGCGUUCCACUUGUGGUGCAUUGCGGAGGUUGGCGCCGGGUUGGAGCGCACGGACGCUCCACCCGGAAGUUGGUGCUGAAGUUCCGGUGUGCGCACGGGGUUGGGGCGCACGUGCGUUCCACUUGCGGUGCGUCCCGGAAGUUGGUGCCGUAGGUGGAGCGCACGUUGCGUUCCACCAGACGGAAUCAGGAAGUGCCAUAUAAAAGAAGACACAGCCGGCCGGCGGCAUUUUCAAACAAAGAAAACUUUGGAAGAAACAUUAGAGCCAACUGAGGAAGCCUGUUAAUCAGGCGAAACGCGUUUUGGACACUCAUUUUCAACUUUGAUAGACUUUUUAUUGGACUAUAUCUACACCCAAUAUAUAUUGGUUUAGUAUAUUGCCAUUUUAUUAUUUUAUCUACAAAUAAACAAGAAUCAUUUUCCAAGAUCCCUGGCAUACUGAGUAUCUUUAUUGAAGACCAUCAGGAGAAAUAACAAGCAAUCAACAAAAGAAGGGUUUGGACAACCCCCUAAUGGUCCAAGAGAACAUACUUUAAGAGUCAUAUGACGGUAUGACUCCAUCCUUAUUGUUCAAGGUACUCCACAGCUCCACCUAUAACUCUGUAUGUAUUAAAGCCAUAUAUUGGCUGCGAAGUCCAGAUAGUAGUACGCCCAAAAGAAUCUCCAUGAUAAUUAGUAAAGAGGACAGAAAGGGACUUCAUGUUCAGCAAUUUCCCUUAUUGUUCUGGUAGCAGGUGAAUUUUACCUGAAAUAGUAAACCUGGUAGAAUAGUCUGUCGGCUGAAGGACCUUCCAAUGUCAUUUAAAAUACUUGCAAUAACCAACAUCAAAGUUACAUGGAGCAUUUGAGCCCACAAUAAUACCUUUUAUUGCAGAAAGGAAAUUAUAAUGUUCCCCUUCACAACAGGGGAAUCGGUGGGAAAGUCUGAAACUUAACCCCUUAAGAACCAAAUAAAUGCCAGCACUGACAUUAAAUUGAUUGCCAAACUCAAGGUACCCAAGGGAUAAAAUAGCAGAAUACUGAAUAAAACAAAUAACACAUUCUUCAAUUUAUAAAGAUUAUGCGUUAUGGAAUUUAACUCAGUUCUAAAGAAUAUUCUAAAGCCUCCAGAGCAUUGAGCUGAAAUCUAAAUAAAAAUUAUAAACCAGACCAGGGUUAGUGAAAUUUUCAAUGUAGAAUUGUGCAUAAAAUAAAACAUGAUCACUAAAGUUAUGACCAGGUGAAACAAAAAGUUCCAUAUCAACAUAUUUAAAAUUAAAGUUAAAAUUAGAUUAGAGACAGUAAUUGCUUCAAAGUUACCAACUUGUGAGGGCAAUAAAUAGCCCAAGAAGGCUACCUGCAAACAGUAGGAUCUACUAAGCUGUGCAUCUUAAGUCAGCAAUACAUAUUAAGGUUGAACAGGGCCACCAAACUUAAAACCAUUCAGUAUCAUGAUCAGUGGUACCUGGCAAGAGAAAUACCUUGAUAACACCAUAUCUCAUUUAUAUGCAUAGGUGUGCACACAUAAAACUCUAUUAAAGCGGCACUGUCAUGCCGAACUUACCUUUCCUCAAUCUCUUCCUCUUCUCCCCCCCUCUCAGGAUCUGUUAUUCUUUUCUUCCUGUCUUCUUUUGUUUUCUUUAAAAUUAUAAGACAAAGUAGGGACUCUUUGCCUUAUGGAGGAUUCCUCCGCUUGACCAGCUCUGACCAGCGGAGGAGCAAAGUGUGCUUCAUUUCCGCUGGUCAGAGCAAUUUUCCCAUAAUUCUCACCUUCCGUCUUUGUUCCCGCGAUGCUUCCUGUCACUUUACAUGAAACUGCCGAACUGCCUAAUGAAAACUGCCUAAUGAAACAAUAAGGGGGGGGGGACCUACUGUCCUCCCCCCCUGGCCCCCACCCCUGCGCAGUGGGUGGGGGCCCCAGUAAAACAAUAAGGGGGGGGACCUACUGUCCUCCCCCCCUGGCCCCCACCCCUGAGCGGUGGGUGGGGGGCCUAAUAAGCUAAUAAGGGGGACUGCACAGCCGGUCAAAUACUGUAGCCGGAUUUUUUUAUUUGGCCUUUUUGGGGGCUGAAGAAAGAAGAUUUUAGAAAAAAGAAGACGUCAAAUGGUAAGUUUAAUUUUUUUUUUUUUUACAGGUUAGUUAUUUUAUUCCCCCCCUCACUAUUUUUAGGGUGAGAGGGGUAGGUAGGGGAUAGGUUUUAGGACCCCUAGUCACCUUGAUUGGGGGGGGUGUUUCAUUUAGGGCCCCCACCCAGCGCUCAGGCAUGGGGGCCAGGGGGGGGAGGACAGUAGGUCCCCCCCUUAUUGUUUUAUUAGGGCCCCCACCCACCGCGCAGGAGUGGGGGACAGGGGGGGGAGGACAGUAGGUCCCCCCCCUUAUUGUUUUACUGGGGCCCCCACCCACCGCGCAGGGGUGGGGGCCAGGGGGGGAGGACAGUAGGUCCCCCCCCCUUAUUGUUUUAUUAGGGCCCCCACCCACCGCGCAGGGGUGGGGGCCAGGGGGGGGGACAGAAGUUCCCCUCAUAUCUUUAUUUAGGGCCCCCACCCACCGCUCAGGGGUGGGGGCCAGGGGGGAGGACAGAAGGUACCCCCCCUUAUUGUUUUAUUAGGGCCCCCACCCACCGUGCAGGGGUGGGGGCCGGGGGGGGAGGACAGUAGGUCCCCCCCUCAUUAUCUUCAUGGCCCCCACCCGCCGCUCAGGGUGGGGGAGGGGGGGGACAAUAGGUCCGCCCCCCCUUAUUGUAAUUUAUGUUAUUUUUUUUCAACAGUGAGCAGCCAAAGGCUGCUAACUGUUUAGUAGACAUGCCCCUACUCGCGGUAUAGCGAGUGGGGGCAUUUGGGAGAUUUUAAUCUCCCUUGUGCUAUUAUGGGGGUCAUAUUGACCCUAUUUUGGAAAUCUGAACUGGUUCUCUCCAGUGGGAGGGAUACUCAGACAUGCUCAGUAACACCUGGCGUCCAACUAAAGUGGUAAAUUGUUAAUCCUGAAACACGUGUGGGAGAAGAACACUAAUGCAAAAGUAAAAAGCAGCAUGUUUCUCUUACCUCCUUCAUUCUGAAAAGUGAAGUAGAAAAAACACAGUUUGUAAUAGGUACUUACCCGGUGGGCAAAUUACUCAGUUCAAACACAGAUCUUCGAUCCAAUGCAUAUAUUAAAUAUACUAAGGAUGUGUAUAUAGUGGGGUGGCACAAUAACAACUUGCAUCAGAAUAUACUAAGUGACAUAUACUGAGGAUGUAUUUAAACCUCCAGUGCAUAUACUAAGAUUAUAUGAAUCAGAUAAAUUGAGGCUGUGCUUUGCACAGAUUCUAUCAUUCACAUAUACUGAAAUUGUGACUAACAGCAACCCAAACACAGAACUUGUGUUGGAGCUAUAUACUAAAGUUGUUUUCAGAACAACUGAUACACACAUGUUAUAUUGACUCAUAUAUAGAGUUUUUGUCUUUUAUAUCAUUCACAUAUAAAGUGUUUCAACCUAAUAUAUAGUGCAUGCAUACAGAGGCAGUGUCUUCACAGAACUUAUCCAUAGAACAUAUAGUGGAGAUAUAUAUAUACACACACACACACACACACACACACACACACACAUUGAGGCUGUGUCCUCACAAUAACUCAUACAUAUAUCAUAUAGUGGGUACAUAUACUGAGGCUGUGUCCUCACCGUAACUCAUACAUAGAGCAUAUAGUGGAUACAUAUACUUAGGUUGAGUGUUCAGACCAUACAUAGAACGUGUAGACACUGAGGCUGUGCUUCACACAGAGAUUAUGUCCCUUAUACCAGCUCAUAUACAGAGAUAAUAUCGGUAACACAUUCUGAGCCUGUGUGAUAAACAACCUAGAAAAAGGUCUUAACACCAGUUCAUUCAAAGGACUUAUUGGUCUCAUAUGCUGAUUUAGAGAAGCAGGAAGAUCCAAACAAUAUAUUAACUUCCACUCUGAAAAAGCUUGCUUAUGUGCUACAAAGCACAGAAAACAGCAAUCAUUGCCUCAUGCCUUGAUAGGAAGUGUCUGCAUGUACUAUGUUUUGUGUAAUUUAAUCAGUUAGGAAAGCUUUCUCUUACUGUGUGUCUUCGCUGUCUUCAGGACUUUAGGGUUCAGGCACACUUUAUACAGCCAGGAAAGCAUUGUCAGCACUCUUUUGGAACAUGCAUCCUUGCAUUAUCCGCACUCUUUUGGAACAUGCAUCCUUGAAUUAUCCACACUCUGCCUAUGCUAGUUUUUAAUUUAAUUAACUAAUGCACUCACCUGAUCAUGGAAAACAUACUAAACAGCCAUAGAGACAAAUGAACAGCAGCAGGCCCGAAUUUGAGCAGCAAAUGUGGAUUUGAAAGCUUGGCCUUUUGUAUGCAUUGGACCGCUUUCAUCCCCUGAGGGAGGGAGUUGGGUCAAACCCCCGUCGCUGAAGGAGAUACCCAGGCUGGCAACAUAUAGAAAUGUGCAGUUGCUGUACCUUCAGGGAUUAGAGGCUGAAUCUUGGCUGGACCUCAUGUAGGCAGUGGACCACAUUCAUCCCCUGAGGAAGAAAGUUGGGUCAGACCCCCAUUCCCUAAAUGGUUUACCCAGACUGGCACCUCAUAGAAAUGUGCUGUUGCUGUGUCUUCAGGGCUUAGAGGCUAAACCCUGGCAGGCCAGAAAAAUAUUGGCCUGGUGAGCAUAAAAAAUAAAAAUUCUAGACCUGCUUAAGCAGACUCUUUAAAAACUGCUGUGAAUGACAGGAAAAAAGGACUGCCUGAUGGGAAGAGGGACAAUCUAUUUAUAGCAACUUAAGAGUUCUAUUUCCUGUCCUUUCUGCUCUGAGGGGAGGAGCUAACCCAUGAGUAAAUGCUGUCAUGAUUGAUCAGGAAAUAUUUAUAAACUCAAGUAAUCCAUGAGUUUAUAAAUACAUGCCUUUUUAAUUUUGUGUAUAUACUGUUUUAUUGUAAAUACUGUUUUAUUUAAACAUGCAUUUUGUUUUAUUACUGUGAUUCACUUAUGCUGUUAACAUGUUUAGAAUACCCAUUGAUAUUUUAAGAGAGUAUCUAUGAAUAUGUAUUUUCUUGCUUCUCCACUGCAUUAACACUAUCACUGGAGUUUUCGAAUUUCUUGCUGCAAUACAGCUACAAAAUACAUGCAAGCGAAAACAACAUGCGCACAGGCCAGUCCAAUUAAACAGGAAUUAUGCAUGUUGCUCAAAAAAGUUGACCUGCAUAACUAUAAUGAUCUCAUUAGGUACCGUAUUUAUUAAGAGCAGAAUCAGACAGAACACAACAUGGGCAUUAAGUAAGCAAUAACUGUUUGUAACUUAUGGCAUUGUUACAUGCCUAUGUUAAUGCCUUUCCAGGCCUAUGGUAGACCCUGCAUCCCAGCCAAUUAGUGUUUUAUUUAUUAAGUAAAAUAAUAUACCAAUCCUCCUGUGAGGAGAUCAUAAGCACAUAUAGAAAAGUGUGUGUUGUGUUUUAAGCAGAGACAUUUGCAAUUGAUUGAUAAGUAAUUUUCAAUGAGACAUCCAUAUUUCAACCAAGAUUUGAUUAGUGUAACAAAAUACAUGUGUGGAAAUACAUAUAUAAAUGUUAAGGGACAUUUAGAUAUAAGCAUUUUAUAGCAGGCAGGCUGAGAGUUACUAUUAUAUCAGUGUUCUGGUCACUGACCAAGCUUACAGUUAUAGCCACUUCAAUUGUCAAGCUCAAAAUGCUAACAAGUCAAGAGUCUAGUGUUGAGUGCAGUACGGUUACUUGUCUAUAUGUGCAAACCCUCCUGUGAAUACUAUAGCAAACAACCAUGUAAUCGAAUGAAGUAGAUAAGAAAUUGAGUCUCUUUAAAAUAUUACACAUUGCACUACAUAUUUUAAAGAGAUGGCAACAUCUUUGUUCUCACUGCAUUUUCAGCAAUACUUAUGAUUUUAGUCUUUUUAUUUUAGUAAGUUCUCUGGAACAUGGUAGACUGAAAGAUCAUAUUUGCUUUGUAGGUGUGAGAAAUGCAUCAUUUUAUUGGCAUAAUUAACCAACCAAUAAGGCAUUUCUAUCCCUCUUAAUGUUCUUUAAAGUGUUACUAAAAUUAAUUGCCUUCAGUGAUAUCCAAAUAAUUGUGAUCAUAUUAUGCAACAGGGUAAACGUAACAUAAAUUAAAUGUGUCAUUGGUGGUAUACAGGUAUUUUCAAAUUCAAUAUCAGCACCAGCCAACACUAAUAUCAGUAACUGAUUACGUGCUUUCAAAGACUAUUAAUGCACCUUAAAAGUAUAUGCUUUCCUAAGAUGUGAUUAACCUUCCUUCAUAGGUUAGCGUAGGAGUUCACUUUGUUUCAUAGAAUUCUCAGUAUCAGGAGGUGGGCUGAGUGAAUGUUGGAUGUCUUGAGAUAAUUAGUGGGUUGUCUGCAUAAAAGUAAGGAAGCUGGAUGUCUAGUAGAGGCAGGUUGGCUUUCUACACUAUAGGGAAGACGACUGACUAGGACAAAGGAAAUGUAAAUGCCUAGGUGAUAAUAAGGUUAGCUAGCUAGAAAAGAGAGUGUACAACAAAUUUGAAUCUACACUACAAAAGGCAAACAAGCAAUGUGACAAUUCUGCAAGGAUUUGCAAGAUUUAGGUUCCUGCAUGUCACACUUAGAAUCCAAAAUGGAGGAAUUUAAAGAGGCCCACAACAGUCUAGCUCAAUAUGUUGCCGGUGAAUCAGGCAUACAGUGUUGUAAAGCUGAAACAUUUGCCAAAUUCUGUGCCCAGGGAUGUACUGGCAUGCCUAAACUAAUUUCACAAAGAAGUGCUGCUCAGAAGAGCAAAAAGAGACUUGCCUGAUAAUUAAAAAGAGGUUGACCUUCAAGAAAACCACAGAGGCUCUCUGCAACAACCAAGUUCUAUAUUGAUGGGGCUUUCCAGUGAAAAACUGGAAAGAUAGAUCCCAUCUCCUCCCCAGCAGAUGUAUCUCACUUGUUUUGCUCCUAGGGUUAUGCACAAAUGCCUCCUCCGAAGAGCCCAACGAGGACACCAAGUUUGCAAUGGUAGUGGAACUGUGUGCACAAGUAGAACACUGUCUCAAUGUGUGAUAUUCUCAGUCAAUAAUACUUUUUUGUUUAAGCACUUUACCACUAUUAAACUAGUCUAAGCCAAUGUUAUAUGCUAAUCAAUCACUAUGGUAGGGAUAUGGGGCCCUGGUAAACGUACCCCACUAAUCUAGUCUGUCAAGGGGCUCCCGUAUAACCUCUCAUCCUCAGUUUACAGUCUCUGACUAUCGAUAAUGUUUAGGGUCACCGAGGGGGUACUAAAAUGCAGCGUCCUUAUAGAGACACUGUACACCGUGAGGAAUCAUCACAAUAGGGUAUAUAGUUCUAAGAUUAUAAGUUAAAAAACAAACAAAAAAAACUCUUAUUUGUUUGUUGUUUUAAGUAAUUUAUGUAACAUAUACUAAAGAGGAAAGCUCAUGGUUAAUUUAACAAAACUAUAUGUGAUACGAGAUAAUGUCUACAUGUAGGUGCCUUCAACAUUCAUGCAAAAGAUUGAUUAUUUCAGCAUUGCCAUCAGACCUCAUCACAGCUACGUACAUAGUUGAUUUCUGUUUGGGCUUAUUAACCAUUGUCAAAAGCGUUGAUGUAUAACCUAUGCAUAUUGAUAUAAGAGCUAAAGCAACAGCGUCUUGGAGUUGCCAAUACCUUUCAUCCACUGCCUCUCACGCCCCUGACAGUAUUAAUAGUGGUGCUUUACCCUACCAUUGUGUUGUUUUAGCUUCUUUUUCUUUUAAAUGUUUUUUUUUUCUUGUUUUAGUUUUGGCCUAGUGGGUGGCCAUUUCCUUACAAACCUCGUCCCAAUAAUUUCACCAUUUCCAGCACACUGGAUAUCUCUAUAAAUAUUUACAAGACCUCAAGUAAAAAUACGGUUAGCUUUUUUAAUCCAUACCAUGACACUAGAACAACCCAAAUAUGAGACAUUAUAUUAAAUUGUUAAAUACCACAAAUGGAUCAGGGUUCUAGACAAAGCAUUGUAAGUGUUACAUCGGAAAAAACAGGUGACCCCAUUACCUUAGUGAGUGGCAGACAUCCAACACCAAAUGAAUGACAUGCACGUUCAAAAAACAGGCUUCUACCUAAAUAAACUACAGGCUACCAACUAAGUACAGGGGAACUGAACCAGCAAACUGACCAGGUGCCUAUAAAGCUCACAAAGGGCUCACACCAUGUGCUACACAUUUAGAAAUAAUUUGAAAAAUUCUUUACAGGUGGUAUUUAGUACCAGCGGAAUUGGUGCACAUGUUUCCUACUACUAGCAAUUUCUAUUGGAGAUGCCACACAAACGUGGGUUCUAUGCUCGACAUAUAAUUGAUUUGCCCUUUAUUGACCUCUUUCUGGAAAGUGAUAGCUACACUGAAUUCAGCAGUCGUAGAGUUUCUAGUAGAACCAUCAAUAUAAAUAUUCCUUGUCUUUAUCCUACCAGAAGACCAGGUAAUCACAUACAUUUCAAAAAUAAUAUUCCAAAUUUUGACUGCUGCUAUCCUAUUGAAUUUUAUAAAAUGGAAAUUUAUUACUGCUACAGCAAUCCCAGAAUUAAUUUCUCAAUUCUCAUUGAACUUUAAAUAUGAGAGGAUGCCUUUGGACCAGAACCAAAAUGGCGAGUGCUAGAGUCAUGCACGAUAUGAAAUAAUUUAAUAUCCCAAUCAACAACCCCAAUUGCCCUGAUGCCUCUCAUCUGUUCUCUGUAACCUCCUCCACUGGACUCACACAAUGGUCUAUUUCAGCAACUCAUCCAGCAGGAAAAACUCUUAAUGUCAUCUUCACCAGUUUCUGUAUCACCUCUAAUCUCUCCAUUCAAAAAAAAUUUAAUUUUUUUUUUGUCAUUAGCGCUGUUCACCUUUAUAUAUUCUUUGCCCCCAACUACAACCCUGGCACACAAGCUACCCAAUUCUCCAAACAUUUUCUAGAACUGCUAAACGCUGCUGGAGAAACUCUUACUCUGCAUCUGACUUCCUCCACUAUAAAUUCAUGCUGCUCUCCUACAAACUGGCUCUUUCCUCUUCAAAAGAAAACUACUUCAAUACACUCAUAACCACACUUUCCCAUGAGCCCAAAUUACUGUUUUGUGCUUUUAACUCUCUUCUUUGCCCUAUUAUGCCUCCUCCUCCAACCAAAUUGACUACCACUAACUUUGCAACUUUAUACUUUGUACUUUAUACAAUCAGGGAAGAGAUCUCUCAUCUCUCUUCAUUGUCUACCACAUCGGUAGACCUCACUGGUCUUACGUGUUCCCAACUUACCCCGUUACAGUCUAUAAUAUAAUAUAUUCUCUCCUGCAACUGUCAUCAAAACAAAACACUAAGCCCUCAGUGAAUACUAUCCUAGCAACCUACUUUUCUACCCUACCCUUAACUUUUAUGUCACUAUACCCCACUCCCUCUAUCAUGUAAGUGCAUUGAACAGGGCCCUCAAUCCCUCUGUUCCUUUGUGUCCAACUCGUCUUGCUACAAAUACGUGUCUGCUAGUCCACCCAUUGUACAGUGCUGCAGAAUUUGCUGGCUCUUUAUAAAAAAUUGAAAAAAACAGUGAUUAGACACAGGGAAAAUUUACAAAUGUUAACUUCUCAUUAUGCUAUAAUUGUAAAUAGUGAUAAUAUCCUAUCAAAUAAGCAAGAGGCACCGCAAAGUUCAAGGUUAAUAUCUGAGGUGACAUCAUAUUAAUCCCCGCCCCUGAUAAUGAAUACCCACUGUUGUUCUCGUGUUCCUUCUGCCUUUUAGUUGUAGAUGACAAGUAAAGUAUAUUUACAGAGCACAGCUUGACACAACUGUAGCGGAGAUGCAAUAUUACCCAGGUUAUCUCCGCUUAUAAUCCAAGUGAGACUCAGGAACAAGUAAAUAGUAAAUCCAAAGGCAGGGUUUCCAGCAGGUAAAAUACAGCAAUAUCCCCACAGCAAUCCCAAUAACUGGACGACACACAGUUUCAGGAGCAUAACUGACAAGCCUUUAAUCACAGUCUCCUUAUAAAGCAUGCUCCCAUGCAAGGGAGGGACUUACAGUAAUUAUUACAGUAGCCAAUCCUGUCCUGGUAACCUCCCACACAUCUCCUCCCCUCAGCCAGCAUCAUAAUCCCCUUAUCCAGUACACCAAUUCCCCCCAUUUCUGGAUGUACCCCUAAACGUAGGGGUACCUCUUUAAAUCAUACAUCCCCUGGUAGCCCUGAUCUGGGUGAACAACAUAUCCAAAAAUCACCCAGAUCAGACCAGGGGUUCGGGAAAAGUAUGGAGGGAAUAAAAUGACCGACCGCACGAACUGAGAUAGCCGAAUUCGGUUCCAUGUGAAUGGGCCUUGCGGUCGGUCCUGGCAUAAGGGAAUAAAAUACACGAAAGCCUCUAGCUAUAGAGGCUAGGGAGGGUUCGCCUGAAUCCCCUCGUUCGGUAUUCUCUAUCUACCGAACGAGGGGCCGUUCGGUAGUUUGGAACCGAACGGACCAGGGCUGUGGAGGUCUCAGCGGUGUUCGCCUACUCGAGUGUCCGAUUUUAGUUCCAGACACUCGACGGCAAAACACCGCUGUUCGGGAGUUUUAAAAUGGCCGCCACGUGUUCGUUUGUCGAAUGGCGGCCACCCCCGAGAACAAAGGACGGCUACUUACUGUUCAAUUACCCGUUCGCAACAAUGUUGCAACGGGUAAUUGAGGACACACUUCACACAGGGGAGGUCUGGUUGUUCGGUAGUUUCAUUCGAAUAAACUAAGGGAAUGAAACUACCGAACAAUCAGAGGAAUACAAUUCUUUUUAAUACACAGAAAAUACAGCAGAUACACGGAUGCAGCUUUAUACAGUAUUUUUGUAGGGUCGCCUGGUGCCAUCCGCUACAACAACGUUAGGUGUACACCUUCAUAUAUUAUCGUACUACUGCUUUGUUUAGUAACACUGUCCUUAUUUUCUGUAUAACAGCAACUUGUGAAUAUUGUGACUGUACUCAUACCUUGUGAAAUAUUUCAAAAACUAAAUAAGCAUUACAAGUCAACUCUCCCCCCACCUUCAACACACACACAUUUAAGGACUGUAUUCAAAUUAUUACAGGCUUAAAUUCAGUUUAUUGUUGUAUGCCACUAUUCUCGGAGGCAAGAUAACUAAAAUGAGGUUGGGUAAAUGUAGCUAGGAAAUAAUGAUUCUAGGAGGAAAUUAUGGUGAAUAGAAAAAAUAAAGGAUGGCUAGAAGAAAGAAUACUAGAAGCGAAGAUGGCUGAGUAGGAUGGUGUCUGGCUAGGAGAUAUAACCUAUAACUCGAACAAAGAAAGAAAGUGAUGUGAGAGUAAAAAUAGAUAGAACGAUUGGGGGCAAGGAGACAUUUUGCGUGUCAAAGAAAUAGGGAAAGUUGCUAGAAGUUUAAGAAAUAAUUUGUAGGUUGGGGUAGUCUUGCUAUUUGAGCACUCAGGAGAGGGAGAUUGGCUGGUUAGCUGCAGGAGAUGGCAGAAAUCCAGUAUGUUUAGCAAGAAAUUUGAGUAAUGAUUUCUAGGAGGGAGCCUGGGUGGCUGGAAGAUAGGGUAGUUAGGACAAAGAUGUGUAGUUAACUUGCUGGAGUUAAUGUGGCUUGUAGAGUGAGUAGGUAGCCUGACUGUCUGUCCUGAAGGGCUUUCUUCAGGAGAAGGCUCACUCUUCUGCUACUGGUAUUAAGUAAAAUCUGGUACAGUUGAUCUUCACAAUGACCCAGUCCCUUUGUGUAUUGGGCUCAUAUUGAUAUGGUUAAAAAUCUUGUUUAUGUUCAAUUGACUAAAAGGUAUCGAUUGGUGUUAUAGCCAUAUGGAGACCCACUAUACGUUUCUCUACUUGUGAAAUAUGAUGCCUAAUACAUUUCAAAAGCAUCAGUGAUGUCUUCCAUAUUUGGUAGGACUGUUAUGUCCCUCUAUAAAAACAUGGUACUUGUUUUAAAAAUUUAAAGACACUACUCAAUCCUUCUCUAAUACACAGAAAUAAUUCAAAUUGUAAAAAGCAAAAACAGCACAUACAAUAGUUAAUACAAAUGUAUUUAAACAUUCCUUAGACUUUAGACUUUUUAACAUAUAUUUACAUUACAGCACUACUGACUUUCCAAUUUGUUUAAUGUACCUGUUAAAAAAUGUUUUAUUAUUAGUUACAGCAGUUUAAUUAUUAAGCUCUUUAAUGUGACCUAAAAUAGAACUAUUAGAAAACUAUGAAAUAAAAUGUAAUUUUAAAAAAUAUUUUAUAAUCAUUUAGCAUUUUUAUUUUUCUUCUCUCAAACAUAGGCCAAAAAAGGGGUAUAUGUGUAAAAAUAAAUCAUUUUCCAGAAGACACAGACUAUGAUCAUGACAGUGCUGAAUAUCUUUUGCGUAAGUAUUUUUCUUUGUAAUAUUUCUGUGUUUAACCAAUUUAGAAGAGUAAGUGAGGGUAGCUGAUCAAGAUUUACAAUUGUAGCGAGCUAGAAAAGACUCCUUUAAAUUUUCCCCAACUCCAUAACUUUGUAAACCCUACCUCUAGACUGGUUUUACACCGCCCAAUUAUCCCGAUGUGGAAAUUCCCAUACUGUUGUAAAAUUAAUAUUUCUUCCAACAAUAUAGGAUUCACAAAACGAUACUGAGAUGUUACAUAAAGUGGUGUGUUUCCUGAAAUCUUGAUAUCUAGUCUUGACCACAAUCAUUUCAUUCUAUAUGAAACUGAUGAAUGUCUAUAGUUAGGUCUGUGUUUAUUGAUAUAUUAUUUAGUCUCAUGCUCCCUUUCAUAACCAAACAUCAGGAACUGAAGCAUUAAAAAGUUUGUUGUGUUUGUCUCACUGUCCACAUCUCUCUGUUUCUCUGUGUGUGCCUCAAUCUCUCGUUCCUCUCUGUCUCUGUCUAACUAUGCAAUUCUCUUUGACUUUCCAACUUUCUGUCUCUCUGCUUUACUCCCCAGCUCUCUAUUUCUUACUCUUGGAUUCUGUUUAUGUCAUUCUUCCUCCAGCUCUCCUAUUCCUGCUCUAUAUUUGCUCAACUCUCUCACAACAUCCUUCUAAUCAUUUUCUUCAUCACUCUUUACUUAUUUAGAAAUCUCCAGCUCAUACUUUCACGAUCUUACUCUUUUUCUCUCAUCUGUUUCAUUCUCUCACUCUAUGUAUUCAGAUCACUAGCACCAGUACUCUCUGAUUUCACUCCUGUUUUGUCUCCCCAGCUCUUUUUCACUUGACAUCUUUGUAAAAAGUGAGUGCGCCUAGGUAUUUACAAUUGUGGUCUAUUCCUCUUAAUUGCACCUGUGCUGCUCUAACUGCAUGGUUGGUUGAGGUGCUCAUGCUGCAAAAAUGGUGAAGCAUGAGGGAUCACAGUGAUUGCAGGGUGAGAUGAAGCAAUGAUCAUGGUAUUCAUAGGCAUCCUGGGUGGCGUUAGAGUGUGUUAGAACAGAGUCUACAUCUCUUAGGCAUGCAUAGAUCUCUGUGAAUAUUCCUUCAUACUGUACAGGUCAUACGGAUUGAGGCUGCAAGGAUAUACGAUGGCACAUCUUGAAACUCCAGCAGCCUUUAUCUGUCUAACCUAAAUAUUAUGCAUUAUAUAUUAUAUUUGUUUGUACCUGCACUCCAGUUUAGAAGUUGGCAUUCCACCCAUGAACAAGCCCCUAGCUAAUGCAAACUCCCCCCGCCUCCCACCCCCCAAAAAAAAUUUAAAUAACCGAGAACAGCCCAGUAGAGAUUUAUUCAUAUAUUUAAUUGAUUCAACACUACUGAAAUAUUUGCUACGAGUUUUGCAGAUUUGUUUUUACAGCCAGUGCCAUAAUGACAUUACAUAAAUACAUUCCAGGAAUUUUUUGAAUUGACAUUACACAUUGUAAUAUGCAUACACUUGGAAUAAUUCAGAUUCAUUAAAAAAAUAUCCAAAAUAUAAUCAUAAUAACAUAACAAAGUUGCUUUAAAGUCAGACUAUCACGCAAUAAUAACUCAUCUUCUUUUUCUCGGUGUGCCAGGUGUUGUCCGUGCCUCGAGCAUCUUCCCUAUCCUCAGUGCCAUGCUCCUUUUACUUGGGGGCUUAUGCGUUGCUGCCAGUCGUGUUUACAAAUCCAAGCGUAACAUAAUCUUAGGGGCUGGUAUUCUAUUUGUUGCUGCAGGUAAGCAAAAAAAAUACUCUACAGAAUAAUUUAUUUUUCUCAGAAACAAUAUUCUUUUCAUCUGUCAUAUUCCCAACAAUUUCUAUCAAAUAAUACAACCAUAGCUAUAAUCUGAGAAUGUAUAUAUAUAUGUAGAUUCUUCAAAUAUGACUUGGUAUACUUUUCAAGCAGAUCCAAAAAUACUUUUAUAUAUAAAUAAAAAGUUGGGUUAUUUGAUGUGAUUUGUAUUGAAAUAGCCAAGUGGUUAACAUUCUAGAAACAUUGAUGUAUUAAAUGUAACAGAUUUAAAGCAAAGAAUACAUAGUUUGAUUAACUAACAUAUACAGAUAAUUGUAUACAUAUUCUGUUAAUAUAAAAUAGUAUACUAGAAUCAAGUCAAAAUCCAUUUUAUGCGAACUAUAUUGUAUUACAAUAAUACACUUAUAUAUUUUUUUCCACAUGGCAGGUCUAAGCAACAUCAUUGGUGUGAUUGUUUACAUUUCUGCAAAUGCAGGAGAUCCAGGGACUAAGAGAGAUGAUGAGAAGAAAAGUCAUUACUCAUAUGGCUGGUCUUUCUACUUUGGGGGGCUUUCUUUUAUCAUUGCUGAGAUGAUUGGAGUUCUUGCAGUAAAUAUCUACAUUGAGAAAAACAGAGAAGCCCACUGUAAAUCACGUACAGAACUAAUUAAAAAUCCAUCAGCCAUCCUUCGUCUCCCUAGCUACCGUUUUCGAUAUCGUCGACGCUCUAGAUCAAGUUCACGCUCCACUGAACCUUCUCAGUCAAGGGACACUUCUCCCGUUGGAGUGAAAGGGAUUCCAUCAACUGACAUCUCCAUGUAUACAUUGUCAAGAGAUACCUCUAAAGCCAAUGUAAGCAGCUUAUAUAAUACAGAGCGUGGGGAUCACAGUUUUCUACAGCUUCACAACUGCUUUCCUAAGGAUUCCGGGGUUACCGUCACCGUCACAGGACCAGCCUCAAACACAGGCACCCUGGGCAAAGACGGUUCCAAUACCAACACGCUAAACAGGAAAACUACACCUGUGUAGAUGGGCCCAAGGCAAAUAUAUUCUAAAUGAGUGUGAGGAAGUGUGAGGAAGUGUGUGUUCUAUGCGUGUUAUAGUGUGAGUCUUGGAAUGGAGAUAGGAGCCAUUUUAUGCCAUGUAGCUGCCAAUUACUGGUCUAGAGGAACAUAACGACCCUAGACCUUUGUACCAGUGAAAUAUUUACAUUUUGGAACCAAAUGAUAUACAUCCUGAAAUCUGCAUUAUAAGUAUUUUGAUAAAAAAGAAAAUACAUAUUCCAAGAGAACAUGUAAAAAGGAUCAUAGAAUUCAACUUUUUUUUUUUUUUUCACAGAUAGGCUAAAAUGAUUUUAUCUAACCAUCCAUCAUUUGACAUAUGUAAGGUCCCUUUUACUGCUGUAAUUUCUUUUACCACGUUAUUGCACAUUUGCAACAUAAUUAUAAAGCUAGAAUCAGUGUAAAAUCUAAAUUUAGCACAUACUGAAAAAGAUAAUUACAAGGUCUUGGAAAGUAAAAAUAGACAAGAAUAGUAGGAUUAAGCUGGGUGUAAAGCAGUUGCACGUUUUCUUGUUUUUUUGUUUUGUGUUUCACAACAAGAUGAUCUCCCCAACAGUUGCAUUUACAUAUACCAUGUGUGCUAAAAGCCAAAGUGCUUAAUUUAAAAAGAGACUUAAAUAUACAGAGCAGCCUUAAAUGAAAAAGAAAAUAGUAUAAUAUUUUAAUUUACUCUACUCUCUAAGAAAUUUUGAACAAAUAUGAUGCUGAUGAUGUAUUUCCUUGAGAAAUUAGUCUCUAGGAGUUAAUAUCAGCUACACUUAUUACUGAUUUUGCCAGUCUUCAAAAGUUAUUCAAUAUACAAUUUGAAUUGCCAAAAGUGAACACAUCAGAGUGAAUGAAUGUUUAAGAAACUUUGACUCUAAUAAAACUAGGAAAAUUAUAGCAUAGACGAUUUACCUGAUUUGCAGAAGUAGGUUUUCCUUCACCCUACUGGCCAUAGUUAGGCGACAAUAAUAAUAAUAAUUAUUAUUAUUAAAAUUAUGCCAUUGGUAUUUAUAUUUAUCAGGUGAUAACCAAAUAAUGGACUUGUUUCACUACGCAAGUUCUCUGCUCAAUUCUUAGAGCAUUUCCUGAGUGAGAGAAAUUGGCAAGGUGUUUGAUGCAUUCUGCUUUUAACCCCUUAAGGACCAAACUUCUGGAAUAAAAGGGAAUCAUGACAUGUCACACAUGUCAUGUGUCCUUAAGGGGUUAAAGUAUGAAGCUUGGGGUACAAUAUCACUUCCAACACAACAGAUGCGUUACAGAGACAUGCUAGACACAACCACAGUCCUGAACUAAAUUAGAAAAUGGUGUCACAUACUAGUAACUAGGUCUGACCAUGGGCUUUUAUACCAUGUGUAUAUAUAUAUGAUGAGUCAGUCAUGAAGUUGGGAUUCAGGAGCUAACUCAUAGGCAUUGUUUUGUUCUCAUCAAAGCCCUGAAAAUAGGAAUUCUCCUGUCUCAUCGACUACAUCAAUGACGACUAGCCAUUGCACCAGAGGGAUUUUUGAACACCAUUUCUAUUAACAAUGACUGAGCAUCAAUGAAAUAUAUUUCACAAACUGGAAUGUUUGUUGUAACCAAUGGUUGGGUGUCUCUCUGUGCUAACAGGAUAUCAGUACUGAAUAUUGAUUUGUUAUACUUUUUAUUUUAUUUGCAUGCAUAUAUGUUGAAAGUUACAUCCACAGGCUUAUAUUUCACCUUAAAGAUUUCACUUUUAUAAUAACAUUUUAUACAGACUGGGGAAAAAAAACGAUUUCACUGGAAUACCUCGGGAAACACAGCAAAAAGGCAAUUGUUGAUAAAAAGGGAAUGAUAGGUCUGUCACGUGUAUUGAAGGGGUUAUAGAAACACUAAGUGAAGUGUCAUGGCUACCAGUGUUUUUGUCCAUUCAAUCAGUUUACAAUAAAGCUAACAAGUGAAAAGUAUUUCCAUCAAACAAAGUUAUAGUAUAUUUAGCUAUAUCUUACAUAUUUACACUGUGGAGGUAGUUAUUGGAUCACAAUUGUCAAACCUUUAGUAAAGGUUGCUGAGGAAAAAUUGGAGUCUGUAAUCCGCUAAGGAUUUCAUAAAGUACAUUCCUUCUUGUGUAAGCCAAGCCCUCAGCUAUCAUUUCGAUUUUUGGCUUUCCACAACAUUCCUUUCUUUCUAAUAUAUCUUUACAGCCUCCCCUCCUUUUCUAUAUAAUAGAAUAUUUAACUUUUCUUCUAAUCUGUUAUUUGCAAUGAUAUAUAUAGGGCUUCCAUGCAUUUAUUCCUCUAAAUCUCUUUCGAAUUCAUGAAAUGCCAUACGUUCAUCACAGCUAGAAACAAAUAAAUACAUAAAAAAUACAUAUGUUGAUCACUUUAUAGAUGCAUCUGCAUAUUGCUGUAUAUGGUAUUCUUGGUACAUUCUUUUAUAUUAUUUAUUAAUCUGCAAAUCAAUUAAUAGAUCAUGCAUACCAUUCUUUUCGACAAUGUACUUCAUAUGUCUGAUUCAUCUAUCCAACUCUCCAUAUGUCUGUCUUUCAUCUUUCUACUAAUCCAUCCGAGCAUCGAUCCGUCCGUCCUUCCAAUCACAUAUGUAGAUUUAAGGCUAGCAAUCAUACUUUUUGCCAAGGUAGCUUACUAUUAAUGCAAGAUAGAAAUGUGUAACUAUUGUUUUGUGUGAUAAUCACUUCUUUAUGAACAGAUAUUUAAAUCAGAGCCAGAAUACUCGUAAGGAGGCAUAGGCAUCUGCCUAGGACUCCAGUUCUGUUUGUGUAGAGUCCCUCUCUCUGAGUCAGCAGGAAGAUCAAUAGAUCUCUCUGCAUGGCCCUGUGCCCCCUCACUUCAUCAAGAACAUCAUGUUCUGCACCACACCUAUCAUUCUGUAUGAUAUAAUCUCAUCACUUUGAGAGUUAUGUAAUUCAAUGACAAAAUCCAGAUUGGCCUUUUCUGCAGCCCUUCUGUAUUUACAAAAUAUAAAAUUGGUCUGUGCUAACUAGAAUUGUGAAAGGAAACUCAAAUAAUUAAUUUAUUGCAUGCCUCAGUGGUUAAGAUAUUUACUUGCUUAGCUCAACAAGGAAUGCAUUAGACAAUUAUAUUGCUCAGACUAAAGUGAAAGAGAAAAUUAAGAAAGAUGAAGUUUACACAUCAAGACAGGUGUGUGGGCCAGAUGUCUUUAAGGCUGCUGUGCUGGGAUAUAUCUUCUUCGAAUUCAUGGACAUUGAAAUAUACUGCAAUUUACCUCUGCAAGCAGCACCUGCUGGGCCUCAUCCAUUUUAUAGGCAAAAUAAUCAUCUAUCUAGCAUGUCAAAAUAACAUAAUGCAAUAAGAAAAUGUGUCUUGUAAAGGAAAAACUAAAAGCAUUUUGAAACCUUUACUGCUUUGGGAUUCUAUCCUCCCAGUAGAGAAUAGUGCCAGACUUUUUUUAUGAAGAAUAGAAUUAGUAAGAUCUCUUUCCUGGAAAUUGUUACCAGAAAUGAGCACCCAUCAAAACCUCAGCAGAGAAGACCAAGCAGAGAAUAAAACAAUACAGAAGAGUACUCCACUUGUUCUUCCCAAAGGGAAAAAACACAGAUUGCUUUUAUUCUUCUGGGCAAUACAAUAGAGUGGCAACAAUUAGGGCUGAAAGGACAAAAAAUGUAUAUUAAAACAAAUCUUAAAGGGACACUGUAGGCACUCAGACCACUUCAGCUCAUUGAAGUGGUCUGGGUGCUGUGUCCAUUUUGCACUUAGUGCUGCAAUGAAAAACAUUGCAUUUCCAGAGAACAUUUACAUUGCAGCUCUAAGCAUGCCCUCAGUGGCUGUCUACCAGCGUGGGCACGAGCCUGACCCAGCACCCAGGGAUAUCUGCGCUGGAGUCAGGUAAGUGACUGAAGGGGUUUUAACUGCUUCAGCACCGAUGGAGGGGUGCGAGGUAGGGGGGCACCUUAGAAAUCUAUAGUGCCAGGAAAACAAUCCCUUUCAGGGAAAAUUCUAUUAGAAUGACUCAAUGUAUAUUAUCUCCCUGACCUCAUUGCAGAAUCAGUUCUUAUUGCAUGAUGUGUAGUUUGUUUUAGAGGAUUAGUUUAUACUAUAUAGUUUAUAUUAUAUCUAUCUCCCCAUGCACGGCAAUCUCGGCAGCUAAUGGUGGGAAUACAUCCCCAUGUCAUCCUCUGGGUGGACCUGUCACUGAUGAGAGGAGGGAUUCUCCCUGCGGCUUACGGAGUUGUUUAUAGCUGCAGUGUUUCGGCGGCUUCUAUGGCAACGUGAUGUAGCCGCGUUAUGUGAAAGGCCCCAGCUGAUCUAUGACUGGGAGGUGAUUCCCGUAAUUGCGCGCAUGCGCAGUUGCGCUGAACAGACGCCGAGCAUCGGGAGAAACAAGGAGCAGCUGGUUUGGUGAGUGAUUAUGAUUUUUAGUCCUAUUUAAGUUUGUCAUUAUGUAAAAUGAUUUUGAUGUGUCCUGAUGCAAGCUCCAAAUGGGAGCUGAAACAUUGACCCUCUGGAUUGACUGAAAAUAAACAAACGAUCUUUGGAAGACCUAGAGUGCCGGUAUUAUUUCUAUUUUUGUGCAUAUAUAUAUAUAUAUAUAUAUAUAUAUAUAUAUGUUUCCAAUGUUCCUGCCAACGGCACUUUACUUGAAAUGGCCUGCUAAAAUAUCCAGAAUUUAGGUAACCAUUUAGCACUUCACCCCUAUGAUUUAUUGCAUUACUACACAUGGCCACAGGGGGCAUCUGGAAUAAAACAAAUUCUUAACCUCAGUUACAAUGACUAGGUUCUUACUGCCAGUGUGUCCCUUCACUUGGCUAACUAUACUGCACUGUUUAUACAAUGAAAUAUGUUUCAUUUAUUAUUAAGCAUAUUCUGAAGUGUAGGAAAUAUUACUAACUGGAAUUACAAAAUUGUAGGUUAGUCGCAAAGAUGUGUUAUUUAUGAGGGUUUGAUAGUCUUCCAUUCACAUCAUCAAAUUUUAUGAUAUUAGCGUAUUAAGAGAUGCACAGCAUAUGUUAUAUAAAAUUCCCUGCAUGUUUUAAUAAAUGCUUUCAUGUAUUUAUUAUGUAUCCAUGUAGAUUGUCUAUAAAUCUAUUGACACCAAAUCUAGUGGUAAAAGAAGCUCAGCUGAGGGCUCUAUAUGCCUUAACAACAAUGGAGUGCAUGUCAGGACCCAACUAAAAAUGGACACCUCAAAGCCAUAUUGGGUCCCUGAGACUUAACACCUCAUUGUUGAGUUUUUGUAGCUCAUUGACUCGAUGAGUGACUUAACUCCGGCUACUCUCUUUUUUUUGCCUGGGCCAGUAUCUGUCCAUUCCUUAUAUGUAGAGAAGGGAGAAUAUCUUUAUGUUACUAGACUCCCAAUGUCACCAAUUUGCAAUACAAUGUAUUGAUGACUUGCAUUAUUUAUAUAAACUUGUUGUAGUUUUUAAAAUUACUUAGCUGUCUAUUUCAUAAAAUGCAUUGAGGUGAGUUUAGAAAUAAUCUGCUAAAUAAAAGGCAAAAAUGUAGGAUUGGAAAUGCUAAGAGGAUCUCUAGAUUUAUUUAUUUUUCUAGCUGCAUUAUUUUAUCCUAAAUUCAGUUUAGUGAAUGAGCUAUAGACUCAGAUGGAAUAGAGCUGAUAUGUUCAUCAUAUAUCAACUGUAAUUCAAUAUUCAGUACUGUUGUAAACAGGUUAAGUCAGACAUCACAUACCAUUGGUUAACCAAAUUAUCAAUAACUCAAGAUUAAAUACUGUACAAGCUACAGUACAAGGGUAUAGUGGAUGAGUGUCUUAAACAUAUUUUGAAUAAGAUAAUAUAUCUAAAAAUAUUUUGCCCUAAAAUGCCUUUGAAAAAUAUGUUAAUAUCACUGUUACCAACAUUGUAUAAUGAUUCUUCAAAAAUUCUAAACAUUUUUAGACUUGGGUUUAUUUGCUAAAACAGAGAAUUGUAAUGAACUGAAUUAAAAUUUACAGUAUCACAGCACGAAGAUGACUAACUUGUAGUAGUCUCUCUAAUUAGCUAUCAUGGGUUUAAUAUUCCAAUUCAAAGUAAUUAGCUGUUCAGUAAACAAAUGCAGGUAUGCAUUCAAUCCUACUCUUACAAAGUGUCAUAUUGCAAAUGCAUUAAUAUACCUCUUCUGUAAUUCACAUCCAAAAGGAAGAGCGAAAAAAUAGGGACCAGUAAAAAAAAAAAAAAAAAACAGUGAUACAGGGACAAGUCAGUGCCUUUUUAGUUAUGCCAACACAGUACGCACUUUAACAAGCCACUUAUUGCUCCCAUACUUAAUCCAAUAUUUCCUCUGCACAGAGGUGGCCGUUCUCUACUUUUGCAGUUAAGCUAACAUGAUAGUUGAUGAUCACACAUGUUAAAGAGCAGCAUGUCCUAUCCUGCAGUACUGCACACACUAAUUAAUCCAUUUCACUAAUUAAAAAGAAUAAUAUCCCUGCAGUGUCAUUUAAAUAUUGGACUCUUAAAUUUUUAAAGAUUUCUUGGGAUCUGCUAUGCCACACACAUUCUCUGUAUAUAAAUGUGUGUGGCAUAGCAGAUCCAAAGAAGAGAAAAAUGAGCUUUGGGAGGAAAAUGAUGAGAUAUAAUAGAUCAUGAUACUUUUAUCAAGAAGCCUGAUAAUUUGAACAAAACUGGCGGUUGGUUUUGCAAUUACAUAAUUUGAAUGUAUUAUUUACAGAGCCAUUACAUGCUUCACAGGUUGUGGGAAGUCGGCUGUAACUACUGAUCUUUUUUUUUUUCCUUGGGAAAACAAAACAAAACAUACUCCGUGAUGCUACAGUCUAAUUGUUUCCCUGAUUUGAAAUGUGAAGAUGAAUAUUUGGCAGAGAAGACUGAUAUUGAUAUUGAUAGGACUUUAUAUAUUAUGCCCUUAUAAACUGUGAAAGACUAAAAAAUAAAAUUAAAAUGUAGGGCACAAGGAAAAAAAAAAAAAGAGUGUGAAUGCUUUGAUCAAACGACUGAAUGGUAAAUAUGUAUGUGUGUGUGUGUGUGAAUAUAAAAAAUAAUAAUAAUAAGUAACUGAUAUAUAGUACUACAUGGGCUUACGUUGUUUAUUUCAAUUAAUAUGAGUUAUUUUAUCCUUUUUUUUUCAUCUGAUUAUUCACUACUUUAUUUGGGAGACUGAAGAACGAUAAUUCUUUCUAUAUCCUAUAAUGUCUGACAGAGGUACUUUCUGUAUCCUAUAAAAAUCUACAAGGGAUAAAAAAUAUAUAUAAAAAUAAUAAAAAAAACAAUAAAAAAGCAAAAAUAACAGUGGUUAAUACUUUGACAUUAUGUUGCACAUCUACACUGUUGUCAUAAAAUGAUUUAUUUUCCUUUUUGUUUUUAAUUCUAUUUUGUAUUUGUCUGCACGUUAUGGCCAUUAAAUAUGUUUAUUUUACUCUUCUAAUCAGUUUGAGACUUUACACCAGAUCUCGAAUUUCAAUGGCUUCUGGUGAAUGUUUUGAGGACUUAAUGGUGUGCUGUACUGAUAUUUUAAAAGCAUAACAAGGUCCAAUGCUUGCUGAUGGACAGAGCAUAUCAUUAAAAAAAAUGGUACUUGCAAAAAAGAAUGCCAACAAAUUGCCGACUGUAUCAAGAGCCAAUAAGGAAUGACUAUGAUUUAAUAUAACAGUGCAAAAUUAAAUCAUAUUAUUAAAGAGGAGUAUAAAAUUGAUUGUAUUGAUUGUAAUUUAAAAUAUGAGUUUAUAUUUUGUAUUAGUUUUAAAAAACAGAUUCACAGUUUAGAUACUGAACUGGAAGUUAAUAAAUAUGAUGACAAUAUGGAUAUCAUGAG